GUGAGUUUGUGUGGCGGCGCUCUUUGGCUGGAGCUUGGAUACCCUAAUGGGCGGGACUGGCUUCGGCUGCGCGGGGAGGAAUAGGAGCAGCAGCAGGAGGAGGAGGAGGAUCCUGUCGGGCUGAGGAAGGAGGCGGGAGGGGGGGUGUCUCUCUUGGUAAGACGCCCGCGAUGGGAGUCUCCGGAGUGGCUGGGGAAAGCGAAGGAUGCACAAAAGGCAGCAGCGCCAGGAGGUGAGUGAGGCGCUGCCUGGAGCAACUGCUUUUGUCCCGCGCGCGUUUGGGUAUCUGCGCGCCCGAGCGCGCAACGUGCGGGGAGAAGGAGCGCAGAAAGCGCGCAGCAGGCAGCUUGUGUGCCGGGCAGGGAGCGCUGCCUGAGAAAGGCAAGUCCGUCUCUCCGUCCGGAAGCUAAACAAAACCCAGGAGAGGAUUGUAAACUUUGCCCUGAAGUUUUGUUUUUGGAGGGAAUGAAUUUUGGAGGGCAUCUCCGGAAAAGGCACCUACUUAACAACCCAAAACCUGUCUCUGUUGCGCACCAGGACUCCCUGCUCUUUUAUGCUCCGUGGCAGACAGAUUUGUUUUGUCUUUCAUGGGGGAAGAUUUACUGGUCGCUUUGCAUGCAUUUUAAUCUUGCUGGGCUUUUUGCUUUUGCAAACUGUGGCGCGUUUGUUUUUCAACUUCUACAAAUUUCUGCUAAUGGGCUUGCUUAGAUUAGGCUAAAAGCCUCUGCUGAGAAGAAACGGGGACAGCACAGCAUUUGUUUUGUUUUUUUGAAAGUCCAGGGCACUGUUGACUUAAUGUAAACUGUUCCCUUCCGCUGAGAAUCAUUCAGCAGAGCUUUGGUUAGGAACCCGCUGUAGCUGAAGGAUUAGUGCUUGCCUUGAAAGAGACUUUGUACAAACACAGCUAGGCAGUUUCCUCUCACCCACUUGCUAUUUCCUCCUGUAGGGUUUCCCUCUUUUGUAUGUUAUCCCAGAUGAUUGUUACCCUUUAAAAAUGUCUCUUAAAGGAAGCUUUUUGUGUUCUGUUCUCUCUCUCUUUCUCUUCAUAAGCCCAAAGACUUCAUCUGUGCAUUCACAAAUAGGAUCUGUUUGGUGAUGCUCUCCUCAGUUUUGCAUAGAGUUUUUAUAAGCAAAUUAAGAUGUGAUUUUACUGCUCUUAUUCAAGCAAAGUUCAUUGGUUGUUGUCAGGAGAGCACAGGACAGAAGUUGAAACAUGUGCUUCAGAUCACAUAAUCCAGAACUUGAGCCUGGAAAAUGAUAGCUGUGUUUGUCUGUUACAGCAAACACACACACACAAAGAGAGAGAGAGAGAGACGUCUUGUGGUGUCUUAAAGACUAACAGAUUUAUUGUGGCAUAAGCUUUUGUGGACUCGUCAGACACACAAAGUGCUAGUCAUGGUAGACUGUUUACGUAUUUUAAAUCUGUAGGAUAAUUUACCCUGAGAUGCUUAUGGAAUGCUGAAUCAAGUUUUCUCUAAGAUGUCACUAGACUCUGUCAUUUUUGUGAUCAAAGUGUAACAUGCUGAACUCACAAUCAGGGUGGUCAAGAGUUGGAUAGCCCCUUCACCGCAGUUUGGUCCAGUACAUAGACUGAAUGGUAGCCAACAUAAGGUCUUUCCAAUGUUACUGGAUUCUAUCUCCCAUCAGGCCCAGCCAGUAUGGGGUGAAUGGCCAGGAAUGAUGGGAGCUGAAGUUCAACACCUGGAGAACAACGUGUUGGCUCUGCCUGGCAUAGGUUGCUGAACUGUGAUCUUCUGGACUGGAGUUUAAGUCUCAGUUGCGUCAAAAACACAGAAUGUCUUUGGAUAAUACAGUCAGUGCUACCCUUAUGUCAGGCAUGGGGAACCUCUGGCCCACUGGAUGUUGUUGGACUCCAGGUAGCAUAGCCAAUGUUCUGGGAGGGGGAGAGCUGUGUCCCCAUCUCUGCCUUAAGUGAGUGCACAGGUUCCUUGCACUGGCAUUUUUGCUCUUCCACUGCAACUUGUGCAAAAUUGGAGGUCAAGCUCGCACAUCUCUGUGCAAGUACUGUACAGAGAAUGUGAGCACAGAGAGUUCAUUCACUUGCUAGUUAGCACUUCUAGUAUCAUCCAAAGUUGCCGUAGUGUGUGGUAAAUCUCUGAUCAUCUUUUAAGCAGAAAUAAUGGAAACCCACUUCAAAGCUAUUGUGAAGACAAGAAAGACGGCUAAAUUCUUUACAGAACAUAAAGGCUAUGUGCAUAGGUUGUACAGAUGUAAGCAGUAACUUCCCUUAAGUUAUACUCUAGUAGCAGUCUUCUGCAGGUGAUGGAUUCGGUGAAGUGCGUCACCUUCAAUGAGUAGACCUUGGAAUUCAAACAUUAUCAUUUACUGACAUGAGAGAACUGGUUGGGACUGGUUGACUAUUAUGGGAAGUAAGUUACAGUGUAGCGCCACCAUCAAGAUUCUGGUUCUUAUGAUGAUUAGCUACAUGGGAGGUUAAGACUGUGCUUGCACCUCAGAAUAUUCUAAAGCUCAUAAUACAGCAGUUGCUUCUUCAUAAAAUUAGGGAACUGAAUAAAUGUUUUCAAGUUAGGAAAAACGUCAAGGUAUGAAUAGCUUUUCCAAUUAGAGGGGUAGAAUGUUGUCUAUAUUAUAGACAAUUUCAGAGUCUGAGCAGAAGGAAAGGAGGCUGUGUGAAUCUGAAUUUAUAUUCCAGGACCAGCAGGGAUAAAAUAAUGGGUGGCAGACUCAUUGGUUUAGCAUAGGAUCCCCUAUUCCUUUAAGCCUCAACAGUCUGCUGAAACAAAGAUACAUUUGCAGGCUUUCAACCUGUGAAAUAGACUUAAUGUUUGCAUGCUUUCAACUUCCUUUGCUAUACUUCUUCCUUCUUGAUAAUUAUGAGACAUAAUUAAUUCUAAUUAGUUUGCACUGAUGCAUCCUCUGUUUGAUAAGAGAUCUUGUUUGCCCUUGAUAAGGCUCCUAUAUAGUUUAGUUUGACUGGUUUUCUGCGAUUCCCUGACCCACAAAACCACUGUGGAAUGAAACCUCUUGGUGGUGGUUGGCCUCUGUAUAGUGCAGCCUAAUGCAUUUAUGACAAUGUCACUCAAAAAUCAAGGGGGAAAGAAAGCAUAUUCAGCUUGCAUUGCUUUAAAAAUUGAUUUAACUUUAGAAAAAGGCAAAGGGAUCACUGACCUUACAAAGAAGGGCAAUGUCUGCUGUUGGCAAAGGUCUUUUCACAGCUCAGUGUGAGGUUUGGGAGAUUCAAGGAAAUCUAAUGAGAAUGAAAAAUGCACUUGGUGAGAACACUUAGGAACUUAUGCAUAUUUUCACUGGGAAUUCUAACCUAGGAACAGGUUGCCUGAAAUUGAAAAAGGUAAUAUGGAAGGUAAUAUAGAACCCAUAAAGAUUCAGAUGUUGCAGCUCUAAACCUCUAUUGAAGUGAUAUACAGUCAUAUCUUGGUUUUCGAACAGCUUAGUUCUCAAACGUUUUGACUCCUGAACGUCGCAAACCCAGAAGUGACUGUUUCGGUUUGCAAACUAUUUUUGGAAGCCGAACGUCUGAUGGGGCUUCCACGGCUUCCGAUUGGCUGCAGGAGCUUCUUGCAGCCAAUCAGAAGCCACACUUUGGUUUCAGGUUUCCAGAAAUCUUUUAAGGUUUUGUCCUCCCACUGGGGUGGAAGGUAUGUUGACUUGUAUUAUCUCUGAAGCAAGGGAGCUAUGGACUCUUAUCUCCUCCCACUGAAACAGCAGUGGAUCUUCCUAUGGUAUAUGGAAGCCCUGAAGUACAAAAUAAAUGCCAAAAGCUAAGGUUGCAGAAGACUUCUACCCAAUUUGGCAUAAAGUUCUUUAGAAAGACCAUGUGAUGACAGUGGAACGAUCUUCAUCACCACCAUUGCAUAGUAUCAUACUUCAGUCAUUGGCUGUAAUAAAGAGAUUGAUAAUAUUACUUUGGCAUGUACUGCGUGGACUUCUUUCUUCCCACCUGGGUGUCAAAUUAUCUGUCAUUUCUGCAACAGAUUUGGAAGGCACUUUACAGAUAAAAUUCGCUAAUCUCCAAUCUGAUGUUGAUAACAUAUUUGAACCAAAGUCCUGGGAUUAUUUUCAGUUUGUUUCCCCCUUGACAGAUUGCUUGGUAAGAGGGAGUAUCCAUACUAAAUGCUUGCCCUUCCUGGGUGGUUAAAAUACAUGGGAAAGGCUGGACCUCUUAUAACAAGAGUGAUUUUUAGUUCAUGAAGAGAAUGGAAGUUUGCAACUGCUGAACACAGGGUUCAUUUGGCUACUGUGUUAGAAAUAUUUACUUUAUGUCAAAAAGCUCUUUUUCAUUCUGCCUCCUCCUUUGUGGGAAAAUUGGGGAAAUCAUUACAGCAAGUAGUUGGCGUACAGUUCUAGGCAUCUAGGCAUUCUGCCUUGUCCUUUUUUCAAUCCUGCUUCUAGCUUUGGAACACAGAUUGCUUCAGUUGUUUUGAGAUCAAGUUAGGAAGUUUCUGACCACUCUGGACCAUCUCACACUAUGGAUGUCCAGAUAUUGAUAAACCAUAAUCUUUAUUUUGUGAGCACACAGGGGUUAUCCUUGAAUGCAUGUGUGAGUUUCCUGGUUGAUAACCUGUGGGAUUCUUUAGUGAUCAUAUCUGCACUUGUUGUUACCAGCUCUGUUUGUUGAAAGAUAGCAAGCAGCCAAAGGUUCAGAGUAAAGUGUGGUAAUACCACUCAUCUCAUUCUCCACUGCUCUAGGGGCAGAAACCUCUCUUCUGAAUCACUGUCUGGGGUCAAGGUCAAAUUAUGACCUUGGAUCUGAAGCCAUACAAUACAGAGGUGGUGGCACUGGGGAUUUUAUUUACUCAUUUAACGUAUGGCAAAGAUGUGACCUAACACAGCUAUCCUUCUAGAUGAAUGGGACAUGGGUGGCGCUGUGGCCUAAACCACUGAACCUCUUGGACUUGCAGAUCAGAAGGUUGGCGGUUCGAAUCCCCGCAAUGGAGUGAGCUCCCAUUGCUCUGUCCCAGCUCCUGCCAACCUAGCAGUUUGAAAGCAUGCGAGUGCAAGUAGAUAAAUAGGUCCCACUGUGGCGGGAAAGGUAAACGGCGUUCCCAUGCACUCUGGUUUCUGUCAUGGUGUUCCGUUGCACCAGAAGUUGUUUAGUCAUGCUGGCCACAUGACCCAGAAAGCUGUCUGUGGACAAAUGCCGGCUCCCUUGACCUGAAAGUGAGAUGAGUGCCGCAACCCUAUAGUCGCCUUUGACUGCACUUAACCAUCCAGGAGUCCUUUACCUUUACCUUACCUUCUAGAUACUGUAAGCACUGUAGGAGGACCUUAUUAUUUGAGUUGGCUUAUAUCACUGGAACUAUUUGUAGUGGUGGAAUUUACCUUAAAGCUUUAUAUGCUUGGUAGAUAAUACCUGUGUGCUCGUUUUAGAUGUGCUCUAAGCCUCUGAGAUAGGACGGAAUACAAGUCAUGAUUAAUAAGAAUAAAUGUUCUUCAGUUUUAGAAAAUGGGUGUGAGUUUGAAAACUGAAGAGAAACUAUUUUAUAGAAAUAUAUGGCUACUGCCUACUAAGAGCAGUUUGUUCUGGGAUUGUCUUAUUAACAUUCUGUAGCACUCAGACAUUCUUGAAUAAGUACCUUAAUAAUUACAGUAUGUUAUGUUAACUGCUGCUUGCCACUUCCAUCGCUGAUGAGGUUUACUUCACAUUUGGCAACACUGAUGCUGUAGUUCUUGCUCUUAUUAAAAUGCUUUGACCAUAUGGAACUAUGAAGCAGUCAAACAUGUUCUAGUUGUUACCUCAAAUACAUUGUCAGCAUAUGACAUUAGGGAGAGAAAAACGAAGAGGAGGUGGUAGUUGGAUCCAAGUAUAGAUAACUAUUGGGACACGGGUGGCACUGUGUGUUAAACCACAGAGCCUAGGGCUUGCCGAUCAGAAGGUCAGCGGUUCAAAUCCCUGCAGCGGGGUGAGCUCCCAUUGCUCGGUCCCUGCAAGAGCAAUUAAAAGCCCCAAAUGCAUUUUGUUAUGCUCUUAUUCUUCCUGUAUGUUUUAUUUCCAUUGUUGUGCCAGUGAAGUAAAUACAAAACUGCAUGUGAGUGCCGGUUGUCUCUUUUCUGAGGAUCCUGCAGUGACAGGAAUGGUGAUAUAUACUACUCUCUGGUACUUCAUGUGUUCUUUCAGGGAUCAGGAAUCUUAAUCCUGCUUCUGGACAGCUUUAAUACAGUUCCGUCUGCUUCCCAGCAUCCAGAGUUAGUUUGCCUUAAGCCAAAAACAACACUUUUGUAAUGUUCAUUGCACGGGGACAGGGUCCACUCAUUGAGGUUUGAGGUUUCUUGGACUGAAAGGUCAUUGUUCUAAAUUUCACUCGAAAUGAAAUGAUUUCCUUGCCAUAUGGUCAGAGUGUAUGGUUUUUAAGCCUCCCCUCCUCCGAGAUUAUUAACCUUUUAAAUGAGGUCCCAGCACUGUGGCUCAGUGGUAGUGCAUCGGCUUUGCUUGCAGAAGAUGCCAGGUUCUUCAGAAUAUCCUGGUAAGGCUGGGAAGGAUUCCAUCUGAAAACCAGGAGAAAAAGAACAAAAUGAGAAUAUAAAAUCUAGGUUGAUUGGCUUAUACAAUCUUGAAUUCAUUUGUUUCGUUUCUGUUGGAAGCUCCCAUUCAUCUUCAUGCACCCAUGAGAUCUACAGCUUUGCCUACAAAACCAGCAAAGUGAAAGACUAGCACAUUUGCUUUGCGACACACUCAUAUGUAUGAAGUAUUGUCCUUAGUUAGCAUAAACAUAUAUGCAUAGAUUUAGACAGAUGAUAGUCAGUGGGUGAAGGAUGUUAUGCAAACGAUAGGUGUGUCCUGUUGCAAUUGACAGUCAAAUGCAAACAAGGUGAUGCGAAAAGGGGAAAUGGCAAAUGAGUAGGAAGCCUUCUCGACUUGUAAGGAACCUUCAAAACAAGAUGAGUCAUUGACAUAAACACUGGAUAAGGAAGAAUUCCCUUCUGGAGGGAGCUAUCUGCUCUCAGGCUCUCUUCACUCCCUAUUUGAUAGGUGUCAGGUCUGCAAAUGAAUUCCAGCUCAGCAGUGGCUGGUAGGUGGAAGCCCACUAACGCAGGGGUGGAGAGCCUCAGGGCCACCAAGCCUCUCUUAUCUGGCCCUUGGAAUCCUCCCCAGGCCACAUCCCCUAUUGGUCCUGCUUUGUGUCCUGGUUUUGCCUGGUUGGAAUGUGUUCUUGAAUUCUGAUAAAAACACUGUGAUUCUCUAAAUGGAGAACAGAGAGGGGUGUGUGAAACUCGGUCUCCUGUACAAAGGUAAAAUCUGCAACAGUUGCUCAGCUGCAUUUGUCACCUGCUGCUGGCAUUUGGCCCUAGAAGGGAAUGUGGCCGCCAAGCUGAGGAAGGUCGUAUCCCUCAGUUUCUCUGUUGAAAAUAAAAUAAAAAUCAAUUCAUCUCAUCACACCCAUACCCUUCAAUAAAGUGUUGGAUAUAGGCUACAAUUUUAAACACUCAUCCAAGUGAGAUACAUUUUAUUGGAGCUGGGAUUAUAUAUUACUCUUGUAUAAACUGCCCUGGGAUUGAAAAUGUCCUAUAACUACCUUAAUUAAAAUCAAAUCAAAUCUUUCCAUUAAAUAGAGGGAGGCUUACUUCCACAAAUGAUCUGCAUGAAAUGCAGCACAACUUAUUUGCAAGUAAGCAUAACAAUGAUAAAUCAGACUGUAUGGACUUUGCAUUUCAGGUGUAUGAGCUUCUUGAAAAGGAGAAUGUGAGCACUAACCUCAGCUGUGGAACUUCUGAUUUUUCUCCCAAGAAUACUAAUAGUAGAUUUCUAAACAGACUUAACAUCAGAGCUAUCUGAUGAUGACUGUAAACCAAACCAAACAACGAUACCCUUCCUUUCAAUGUAGAAUUGGUUGGGUUUUGUUUCAAGCCAGCAAAACUUUUCUCAUCUGUACGUGUGUAUCCUACCUAUGUACAUCCUGAAGACAGCCUUAAAAAAAUAUUUUUUCAAUAGAUGUGGUCACCAGAAGUGUAGAUCAUCUAGCAAACUACUGUAAUACUACCCGUUUGUUAAAAGAUGCUGCUCUUGCAAUGUUCCACAUGAUUUCCUCUGAGGAAAAGAAAAAGUCAUAAGAGCUUCCUCUGCCAGUCUUUUCCCACAUUUGUAGUGUUACAAGGGCAGUACUUCCCAGUGGUAAAUUGUGGUUUAUAUGUCAGGUUCUUUCUAUAACUCUUCUGUGACACUAACCCCUACCAGAAAGUUUAACAUGCAACAGUCUGACAGACACCAAUAUCAUCUUACUUCAUUAAUACAUAUACCCCAGAUGUUACCGAAAUACAACCUCAAUGAAUAUUCAGGUUCAUUGGAUGAUACCAAUUUCUAGUCUAGUGAGAGAAGAAGAGAAAUGUCUUUCUAUCCACCUUCUCUACACCAUGCCUGAUUAUAUAUAGCUGUACAUGCCCCCCCUUACUUGCCUUUUCUCUAAACUGAAAAGCUCCAGGUUUUUUAAUGUCACCUCACCUCACUGCUUGAGUUGCUGUAGGGCAUUGUUCAUUGUUGAAUAUUACUUCAUUUGAUAUAAGUUGCUUAUUUUAAAGUUAUGUUUUAUUAUCACAUUUCUCUAUUGGAUUAGAUUGUUAUAAGGUGUACAUUCUUUGUUUCUUCAGCUUGUAAACUGCCUUAGGUAUUGUAAAAAUAGAAAGACGGAAUUCAAAUUAAAAGUGAUGGUGCUGCUGAUGAUUUUGGAUGCCCUUUCCUGCCCCUUUCCCAUCUCUACAAUACCCUCUUUGAGGUGCAGUAUUCCAAGUGUUCUCACAGCAUAUAUUUGUAUAAUGGCAUUAUGGCAAUGGCAGUUUUAUUUAUUUUCAAUUCCUUUCCUAAUGAUCCAUGACAUGGAAAUCUCCAUUUUCAUAGCAGCUUCCCAGUGGGUCAACACUUUAAUCAAACUAUCCAUCGUUGGCCCUAAAAUCUCAUUUGUGGUCAGCCACUGCCAGUUCAGGCCCCAAGAACAUAUAUAGCCAUACCUCGGGUUACAUUUGCUUCACAUUGCGGCUUUUCAGGUUACGAACAUGGCAAACCUGGAAGUGUUUACUUCUGGGUUCGCCGCUCGCAUAGAAGUGAUCUGCACGCUUUGCUCAUGCGCAGAAGCACUCUAUCGCGCUUUGCGCAUGCGCAAUAGCAGCACUCUACUUAUAGACUUUUUGGGGUGCGAAUGGCACCCCGAAACAGAUCACGUUCGUAAGUAGAGGUACCACUGUAUGUGAAAUUAGAAAUUUUUACCCCAAUGUGUAUUACUUGACACUUCUUUCAUUGAGUUUGCCAUUUUCAUACACCUUAAUGCAGUUUGGAUACAUCCUUCGGAAACUCCCCAUGACCCAACCCUCCUUUAACCACCUCAAAUAAUGUGGUAUAAUCAGCAAACUUGGCCAGCUUACUUCUGACUCCAGGUCAUUUUAUGAACAAGUUAAAAAGCACAGAUCCCAGUCCUGAUUCUGGGGGGACUCUGGUUUUUGGUUUUUUGUUAAUAUUUCCAUUGUGAGAACAGUUCAUUUCUUCUUCUGCCUCCUUAUAUCAUGACUGCUCUAGCAGUCUUUGGUGUCGUACUGUACCAAAAGCUUUUUGAAAGUCCAGAUAACUUCAUCCACAUGCUUACUGAAAAAGCUAGCUCUAAGAGGUUAGUUAGAAAUGACAAAUUUUUGGAGGCCAUGCUGGCUCUUCAUAGAAGAAGAAGAAGAAGAGUUUGGAUUUGAUAUCCCGCCUUUCACUCCCUUUAAGGAGUCUCAAAGUGGCUAACAUUCUCCUUUCCCUUCCUCCCCCACAACAAACACUCUGUGAGGUGAGUGGGGCUGAGAGACUUCAAAGAAGCGUGACUAGCCCACAGUCACCCAGCAGCUGCAUGUGGAGGAGCGGAGACGCGAACCCGGUUCCCCAGAUUACAAGACUACCGCUCUUAACCACUACACCACACUGGCUCUCAAUAUUUCUUCUUCUAUGUGCUUUCCUACCAGUGUUCCUAGAACAUACAUUAAGUUAAGAUUAAGUUAACAUUAACAUUAACAUUAACAUUAAGUUAAGAUAAUUUCCCAUAUCCUCCCUGAAUCCCUUAUUUAAAAUUGGUGUUACAUUGAACACUUCCUGGUGCUCAGAUAAAGAAACCACUCUUAGGGACCAGUUACAGGGGGUCGGGAAUUGUUUUUGUUUCUUUUUUAAAAAGAGCAGCAAUCACAUAUUUAAGUUCUUUAAGAGAUGUUGGGUGGAUGCCAUCUGGACCCUGCGAUUUGUUCCUUUUAAAUCUGUGAUGUGGCUGCUGUUUGCCUCAGUUCCUCAGACUCCCUCAGAAAGUCCCUUCAGCCACAGGAUCUGCCCUCCAUCUUCCAAAGUAGAAUAAGACCUUAAAUGGUAAUAGUAGCUUUCAGAUGUUUGUGUGUCUCAAACAGCUUUAUUUUCACCUGGAAUGGUUUUGAAAAGAAUAACGGUAUUGGGACAAUUAAGAAAAAAAAUGCAGUGUUUUAAUAAUAAAUUGUUUGGCCAUGAGAGAAAUGCAUAAAACAGGAUCCACACAGAUUUGAUGCAUUGCUUUGACUUUUUAAAUGGCUCUGACAAUGUUGUAAGUGUACUUCUCUGGGGGAAGGGUUAAUCUGAAACAUCUGGAUCACCAAGGUUUUUCUUCUUCUUCUUCUUCUUUUUUUGCUGAAAUACAUAUUGCUGGAUAAACUCUCUCACUGCCAAAUUCUCUCUUAGUUCAGGAUUUCAGAACUUAGUAGCUGUCGAAUGUGUCAAAACACAGCCUCUUAGUAAGUGAUCUGUAGAACAGAUGCCACAAAUCGGUAGUCCUGAAUCAGAUUACAGAUUUUGUAGUUGCAAAUUUGGGACUCUCACCUUUACCCCACAACUUUAGAAACGGGACCUUUGUUCUGCGUUAUCAUUCUGAUCGCAUGAUUUGAUUUUGAUGGUAAAUAUGUGAAAACCUUGCGUGACGUUUCUGUGAUCAUAAAAUUCAUUUUGGGAGGCAGAAAUGCAUAUUGCAAUUAGACUUGUGAAAUGUUCAGAUGUGUGCCAUAUGGGGAAUUUUUGGCCUUUCUAUCAUCGUCAGCUCUUUCUGGCAUCACAGUUGCAUUUAUUAUGUUCUUUGCUUCUAAGGUAUAAAAUUUGGCUUUCUGCUGUUCGGAUGUGAAUAUGCCACAUUUUGCUUAUUAAGUGAAGAUAAGGUUCCUUAGGAACGUGGGUGGCGCUGUGGGUAAAACCUCAGCGCCUAGGACUUGCCGAUCGCAUGGUCGGCGGUUCGAAUCCCCGCAGCGGGGUGCGCUCCCGUCGUUCGGUCCCAUAUUCUGCCAACCUAGCAGUUCGAAAGCACCUCCGGGUGCAAGUAGAUAAAUAGGGACUGCUUACCAGCGGGAAGGUAAACGGCGUUCCGUGUGCUGCGCUGGCUCACCAGAUGCAGCUUGUCACGCUGGCCACGUGACCCGGAAGUGUCUGCGGACAGCGCUGGCUCCCGGCCUAUAGAGUGAGAUGAGCGCACAACCCUAGAGUCUGGCAAGACUGGCCCGUACGGGCAGGGGUACCUUUACCUUUAAGGUUCCUAAGAAAAAGAAGUUUAAUGAACUAAAAGUUUUGCAGAAUACGGUAUCAAAUACACCACGAUUCAAGGAGGGGCAGUAAAUAGACCUGCAUUGACACAACUGUUAUUUUCACAGAGAAGUUCAUCUCCCUUAAGUUCUGUUUUAUAAAGCAGGGAGGGAAAACUUUCAGCCCUGCAGAAGUUGUUGGACUCUAAAUCCCAUCAGCCCCAGCCAGCAUGGCCAACAGUCAGAGAUGGGAGGAGCUGUUCAACAACAUCAGGAGGGUCAUACUUUACCAUCCCUGUUAUGAAAUGUUUAGUUUCUCAUUGAGGUUACUUUCGAAUGUUAAAAUAAGUAAAAGAAAAGAAGGUUAGAAGGAUUUGCUGGAGAUACGAUUUAAACUAGAAUACAAAGCAGGGAGGUGAGAGGAAGUCAUGGAAACAAGUAAAUGGGAAAAUGGUUGUAAUGGUCUAAUUUGAUUUUUGUUAUUUUCAACUGUGAUUUUUUGUCUUUUUUAUUUCUUUUUUAUUGUCUGUUUUUUUGUAAGAUGUAUGUGGUUUGUGUUUUUUCUUUUCUAUAUUUUUUCUGUAACUUUAAAAUUGGAAUAAAUAUUCUUUAAAAAAAAAAAAAGUUUCUCAUUGAGGAAGGGUUUUUUUGUGUUGUAAUUUUUGAGUCCAAGAUCUAAAAGAAAAAGCAAAGAAGGCCCUUCAACAUGAUUUGUUGCUGCUUGCUUCCUCCAACCAAAUUGUUGUCCAUUCCCUCUUGACUGCAUCUCCUACUCUUGAAAGAAAAUAACUUCACAGCUACAUAUCACUUUCAGUACAUAUAUAUGAAUUAAGAGUACAACUUAAUGGCUUGGAUCCUGAAUUCCUUUCCAUGGACCUAACAGGGCUCUGUUAACAGACUCUACGCAUUUCUCUGUGUACCCUGAAAACAUGAAACAGGGUUGGGGGAAUCUUCUGAACAGAAUGACAUUAUGUUAUGGGGGUGCUUCAACAGAAAUAGGUAAUGGGGAACAUUCUCCUUUCACAAACAGAACUAAUUCCACUUGCCCAACACUGAACCUCUGAUCCUAUGAUGCUAGUAAUAAUGUGAAUUUUAAAGUUUUAAUUUUGAUUAAUCGAUGUUAUCUUUCUCUCAUUCUGCGAAGUAUUUGUAACGAAACCCUUUCUUUCCCAACAAUUCCUUUCCUUUCAGUGCACGAAGGAAAUGGGUCGAGUUAUGUUAGUUUUGUCCUCAGAGUGCUGUUACUGUACUCACAGGUGUGAAGAGUGGGGAAGCUGAGGAGAGAAAAUAUGGAUUUAACUUGUUUAAAAUAUUUUAAGCGUAGCUAAACCUUUAAUUUAGCAUAGCUAAACCUUGAAUUAUGGUGCUGGAGGAGACUCUUGAGAGUCCCAUGGACUGCAAGAAGAUCAAACCUAUUCAUUCUUAAGGAAAUCAGCUCUAAGUGCUCAUUGGAAGGACAGAUCCUGAAGUUGAGGCUCCAGUACUUUAGCCUCCUCAUGAGAAGACUCCCUGGAAAAGACCCUGAUGUUGGGAAAGAUGGAGGGCACAAGGAGAAGGGGACGACAGAGAUGGUUGGGCAGUGUUCUUGAAGCUACAAACAUGAGUUUGACCAAAUUGCGGGAGGCAGUGGAAGACAGGAGUGCCCGGCAUGCUCUGGUCCAUGGGGUCAUGAAGAGUUGGACACGACUAAACACUAAACAACUAAACAACAACAACAAACAUUUAAUGAGAUUUUAAAUUAAGGUUAAAUCUAGUGUUGAUCUGAUACUGCAAUCCAGACCUGGCUUUACACUCCCGUUGGCGUCUGCCUGUGACUCUUUGUUUGUGCGGAGCUCCCUAUUCUGCAUUGCUGCCACAGGUAGAAGUGUCGUGGGUGGCAUCUCACAGAUGUGGUGAAAUGUGGUCCUGAACAGACAGGCAGUUUCUUAUACGGCACGGCAUGGGAAGUCAAACUAGGACUGAAGCACAAGUAAGGUCUGUAUUAGUGCAUUUUGCUAGGGCUGCUGUAUAAUCAGUUUCACAAAAUAAAGGAGUUAACAUUAAUCCAGGGCAGUCCUUGGCAUUCAUGAAACAGCUGCUGCUGACAGAGGGCCCUGACAGAGGGCAUUCCCAGGCAGAGAGAGACUGUGUUGGUCCAGGAUCAUAUGACUGCAUAGUCCUGGGUACGGUUUCUGAGCCUGCUCUGGAAUGGUGCAUCAAUUUGCCUGCCCCUGGCCUGUGUGAGUUGAUGGGCUGCUAAGUCCUGCUGCCACUUGUCCGGAGUUCGAAAUGUGCCCUAAGAGGCUGCUUUUUCUUUCAGACAAAUUCUUAGUGAGGCUAAACUACUUCACAGAUUUUCUACAUUGUACAUUUACCUUCCGAUUUUUAGACAGGACAGAUUAAGUCUUCUUCUUCUUCUUUUUUUUUGGAUCUCAUGAACAGUUAAUUUAUUAUGUGAUUGGAAUGAUUUUGGUUUACUCAGCAUGUUAGCAUACUUGUCCAAAUAUAAUGAUGAUUGUCCUUUUCCCUCUCAGAUGAAAAUGUUAGGGUUGAAAGCUGUCAAAUGCUGUGAGGUAAACUGGUGCAGAAGUUUUAAAUUUUUAAAAAACAGCAUUUUGUGGAGAGAACCUUGUCAGUCAGAGGAAACACUGAUACAAAAUGGCAAGAGAGUACAAAUAAUAAAACCGUUGUAUGGAGUUUUCUGCAUUUGAUUUUUAGAGGGCCCCAUUUGGAGAAAUAUCCAACAAUAAAUGCUAUACAAAAUAACAUCCUGCAUUUUUAACAGAGGGAUGAGUAACAUUUGAUAUCUUGCCUGUUUUCAGCAAUAUUUCUUUAUUUUUUUCAUAAUAAAAUGUUUCAAGAGUAACACAUGAAAUGAUUUAAACAGAAAAUGUUACCAGCAGGAGCUAAAACAAAACAAAACAAAGGAUAAUAAAAUGUUCCACAAAUCUAUUGACAAGCUGGAAUGUGUUCAGAAGAGGGUGACCAAGAUGAUCAAGGGUUUGGAAACUAAGCCUUAUGAGGAACGGUUGAGAGAGUUGGGUACGUUUAGUGGGCUAAGAGAAGACUGAGAGGACAUAUUAUUGUUGUCUUUGGAUACUUGAAGACCACAGGAGUGAUGGGGGGACAUUUCUGCCUAAGAGCAAUGACACAUUAUCAAGUCCUGUCACUCUGGGGAAGUGGAAGUGUGGAAGGUGGAAGGAACUCUCCAAGUUGGCCAUUGUGUGGUAUUCAGUAUUAUUCGGUGUAGACACAAUGAAAUUAAUGAACAUGACUAAGUUAGAUACAUUGAUUUCAGUGAGUCAACUCUUAAGAAAAAACUUAGCUGAAGGUAUUUUGAAAUACCUUUUCAAAAAGGUAGAGAGAGGGGGGGCACCACUGCAGCCCUUUGGCCACCUUAUGUAUAUUUAUUUUAUUUUAAAAAAACAAAUUUUGCUUUUGUGUUUCCCUACGUAUUUUAAGCAUAUGCCAUUAGAAAUCUGCACAGAAGCAGGAAGAGGCACACUGGACUUUAAUGGGUCCAUUCAUUUCUAGUGCUCAGUGAUCCACCCCCCUUUUUUUAGCGGGUGGAGAGUGUUCCACUGAAGCUUUCAUACUGGAAACAGUUCCAUUGGGCCUCAUUGGCUUACUUGUCUGACCCUAAACUCCCUAUUUUUGCAUGCCACAUUUUGAGAUUCCUAAAUAAGAGCACAAGAACUUGAUAUUACCUUACAGAGAGCUAGGCCUUCAGUCCAUGCAGCUCAAUCCAUUGUCUACCCUGACUUGUAGCAGCUAUUCAGGGUUUCAGACAAGGAAACUGAUGAAUCUGGGAUCUUGAGUUAUGGCACUUCCCUAUACAGUAGUACCUCAGGUUAAGAUCUUAAUUUGUUCUGGAGGCAUGUUCUUAACCUGAAACUGUUCUUAACCUGAAGCACCACUUUAACUAAUGGGGCCUCCUGCUGCUGCCGUGCCGCCGGAGCACAAUUUCUGUUCUCAUCCUGAAGCAAAGUUCUUAACCUGAAGCACUAUUUCUGGGUUAGCGGAGUCUGUAACCUGAAGCGUCUGUAACCUGAAGUGUAUGUAACCCAAGAUAUCACCGUAUUAACCUUCUAUCAGAUUUUUCUCAUCUAUCAGCUCUCUAUAGCAAGCAUAAUACAGUCGUACCUUGGAAGUCAAACGGAAUCAGUUCCAGAAGUCCGUUCGACUUCCAAAACGUUCGGAAACCAAAGCGCCACUUCUGAUUGGCUGCAGCCAAUCGGAAGCUGCGGAAGCCCCAUCAGACGUUCGGCUUCCAAAAUAACGUUUACAAACUGAACAAUCAUUUCCGAGUUUGUGGCAUUCAGGAGCCAAAAUGUCUGAGUUCCAGGGCAUUCGGGAUCCAAGGUAUAUAUUUGAAAAGCAAAAACAAAUGUUAAACCUUCAGGGUUUAUCCAGAAAGUUACUUGCUGUUUAUCAGCUUUAUUUUAGCUUGUUUCUAAACCCUUUACUGUUCACUUGUGGGUUAAAAUAUUUUUUUUAUUUAUUUUUGCUCAUAGAAGGCAAUAGAAACUGUAAGCUUGGAUUUUAAAAAAAUCUUUAUUUUAUUUUCUUUUGGUAUUAUUUCCUUAGACGCUUCAAUAGUGAAUCAUUCUCCCACUGUGUUUUCGACAACUUGGCUCAUGGCUUCAUUUUGAUGGAAGAUUGUUUGUGAAGGCAGAGCCGUUGGAAUUAAAGUUCGUUCCCAUUUUCUUAUACCAAUAAUAUUUGUGCGGCACCUUUGAUCUUUCUUGAAUGUUCUUCAAACAUCCAUGUCUUAAGAACCUGCAUACAAGGCUGCUUGCCGAGAUCAAAAUAUUUUUUAUGCAUGUCCUCAAAUAGCUUGCCUGUGUGUGGUAUGCCAGCGAAACGCAGUGAAGAAAAUAAACGAGCUCUUCCUCAUUAUGAUCCUUUCUGAUUUUAUUAAAUAUUUUCUUCCCACUCUUCUGCUUAAUGAUGAAGUACAAAUUACCUUAUUUGUGUCAGUUUUAAAGAACUUAUCUCCUGUGUGCCUUUUGGAUGGGGCAGACUAAACGUGAAUAAAUAUAUGUUAAAAAAGAGAUCACUUAAUGAUCUUUGGUGGAAACCAUGCUUAGGCAGUAGCUACAUGAGUUGUGUCUGAGAACCACAUUCCCUUUUGGAGCCAGUGUGGUGUAGUGGUUAAGAGCAGUGGACUCGUAAUCUGGUGAACCGGGUUCGCUUCCCCGCUCCUCCACAUGCACCUGCUGGGUGACCUUGGGCUAGUCACACUUCUCUGAAGUCUCUCAGCCUCAUUCACCUCACAGUGUUUGUUGUGGUGGAGGAAGGGAAAGGAGAAUGUUAGCCACUUUGAGACUCCUUAGGGUAGUGAUAAAGCGGGAUAUCAAAUCCAAACUCUUCUUCAGUCACCCGAGGUCCACAUGCCAAGCGUAGGAGGGCCAGAGGAAAAAGGGAGCAGAGCAGUGCAAACAACUUUUACCUUUCUACAGUUGCCUAGUUUCUGCAAAACAUAGGGUCAUAGAAUCUUAGAGUUGGAAGGGAUCCAAAAGUCAUCUAGUCCAGGAAUCUCAACUAAAGCAUCCAUGACAGUUGACCAUCCAACCUCUGCUUAAAAAUCUCCAAGGAAGUUUUGUUUUUUGUUUGUUUUUUUAAAAAAGAGGUUGCACACCCCUCUCUAGCCUCCAUCCAGGCAAGUAUUAUCAUAGUUCAAGGACACAUUUCUACCAGACAAAAACAAUUCAGUGGAAAACAGAGCUAGUUCUGGUCUGGAAGUAGGAAUGUGGCCUGAGAAGAAUUUCAAGGGUGUGUGAGAGAGAAAGACCUUGGAGGGCUGCUUUUGGCCCCUCAGCCUGAGGUUCCCCACCCCUGGUAUAACUGAGUAGAAAGCAUUGUUGGCAUCCACCUGUCUCUAGAGACAAUGCAGGGUGCUUCUGGGGGUGAAGUCAAACUGCUAUGUUAGCAGCACCAAAGUGACCUCCCUGGAUGCACAGACCUGUGUAUGGAAGUCCUGGGCUGCCCAAAUGACAGGACCCCCUCCUCUCGGACUCACUGAUGUGGUCCAAAGGAAAGCACAGCAGUUGGUUUGGCUCCAGCUUGGGUGUGGCCACUGUCACAUGCUGACAGCUUCUAAGAGCCCCAGGUCAGAGCCCCUCCAUUUAUGUCACUGAAAGGGACCAAACAGCAUAUGCAAGAGGAAUGACUAUGUGGAUUGACUCUUUCUAUCAUCAUGAAUGUGACUGGUGACACAUAUGUGUCCUCCGAAUGCAGAUUGGAGAGAAUGGGGAACUUUGGAGGACAUUGUUUGAAUGUUAAAAUCUUUGACACAUAUCAGUGAAAUGUCUAUCCAGGGCGUGUGUUUAUCCUUUGACCCCACAGAGCUAAUCUUUUUCUUGAUUUGACUGUUGCUUUGGGGCCUCUUUCUUUAUGUUCUGCCCCCAGCCCACUCCCAGCUUCUGUUUCUGUCUUAUUCAGAUUUUUUAUUUGUAAUUUGUUUUUGGAUUUUACGCUUAUCAGUUGUGCUGCAGAUCUGCUUAGUUUCAAAUGGCAGGUAUAAUGCUUCAACAAGUAAAUCAGUUUAUGUUUUCAAAGCAUUUGUGACCAUUACGAUGAUUGGUUUAUUAAAGUAACACUCUUUGUUUUAUUUACAGGUGUCAAUAUUUACAGGGCUCAGCCUGACCGUCUGCUCCUUCUGGCAAAUGAUAUGAUGUCAGAAAGAAAUAAUCUCACUUACCAGAAUCUUGGGACAGGUAUGAGUUGUGUCAUUUAUAUUUAGAGGGAUGUUUACUUAACACAGGGGAGGAAGCGCUACAGUGAAUGGAUUCUUUUUUGGCAGUGUGUGUACCCAUGUUUUUUGAAUGUGAGAGUCAGAGAGAAAGAGAGAGAAUGGGAGGAUGAGUGAGAUGUGCUUUUGUGUGAGUGGAAAUGAAUUGAUGUACACUUCAGGCUCUAGCCAAGCUCAGUUUUGGCUUCAGACUCACCUGCCACUGGCAUAUGCUUCUGUGAGGAAAAUGUUCCCCACCUCGGUCAUAACAUUUAAUGGUUCUGGUACUGUUUAAAUGUUGAUGCCCAACUCUGCUGUACAAUUCUUUCUCCACCCCCAUAAUUCAGCCUAGACACUGAGGUCCAGCUCCAAGAACCUUCUGGUGGUUCCCUCCCUGCGAGAAGUGAGGUUACAGGGAACCAGGCAGAAGGCCUUCUUGGUGGUGGCCUGUGGAACACCCUCCCAUCAAGGAAAUAAACAACUAUCUGACUUUUAGAAGACAUCUGAAGGCAUCCCUGUUUAGGGAAGUUUUUAAUGUUUGAUGUUUUAAUAUUCUCUUGCAAGCUGCCCAGAGGGGCUGGGGGAAACCAGCCAGAUGGGUGGGGUAGAAAUAAUAAAUUCUUCUUCUUCUUCUUCUUCUUCUUCUUCUUCUUCUUCUUCUUCUUCUUCAGGUUACUUCAGUAAUUCACAAAAUAAACCUGCACAUGCUUUUUCAAAAGUGAGUCCUGUAUGCUCUGUGGGGCUUAUUCCUCAGUAGAUAUGUUUAGUAUUGCAACUUCACGUAUGCAGCUGUGGUCUGCUACAGGAAAACAAGCUUCAUUUGGUUAGUCUUUCUGUUCAAUAAUGCUGAGUCUCCCAAUUAGCUACCUAUUUUAAGAAACCGGACAAGUAGGAAAAAGACAAUGUAUCCGUAUAGCUUUAACUAGCAAAUCCAGCCUAUACAGAUGAGACAGGCACUCUGUAAUGAAAGCUAAUCAAUUUCAACUCUGGCUGACCUUCAGCUGGAAAAGGUUCUUCUUGCACCUAUGAAAACAAACUGUUUUAUCUGUGCUACAUUGGGAGUGCCAAUAAAACCAUCUCAGAAGUCAUACUUCAGCAGGGAACUCCAUAUCUGAAACAGCUUAAAUGGAGUCUAAAUUUAAAAAUAAAUGUACCGUAUUUUUUGCUCUAUAAGACUCACUUUUUCCCUCCUAAAAAGUAAGGGGAAAUGUGUGUGCGUCUUAUGGAGUGAAUGCAGGCUGUGCAGCUAUCCCAGAAGCCAGAACAGCAAGAGGGAUCACUGCUUUCGCUGCGCGGCGAUCCCUCUUGUUGUUCUGGCUUCUGAGAUUCAGAAUAUUUUUUUUCUUGUUUUCCUCCUCCAAAAACUAGGUGCGUCUUAUGGUCUGGUGCGUCUUUUAGAGCGAAAAAUACGGUAGAUCUGUGAUCAGUGUGGUAAGGAGAAAUGUGCACUUAUUAACAGGAAAUAUUGCAUUAACUUUCUGUGUUCCUAAAUCGUCUUGAAAAAUCCAUAGCAUUUAGCUGGAACCAAAUCUCAGUCCCACAAACCUGCUUUGGCUACCUUAGUUCAGCUCUGGAACAAAUGAUGUGCUUUUCUGAACAUAUAUUUUACCAUCUACCACAUUUGAGGUUAAGGGGGAGAGUUUUCCAUUUCAGGGCAAUUUUCCAGAUCUUUAUGGGUUUGCUGGCAUGUUUGUCAAAGUUAAGUCUGUGGUUGGUCAAGAAGGGAAGUAGCAGAAACUUUCUUAGGCAAUGGGCAUCUGGUUGUGGAUUGCUGGGAUAUUAAACAUCCAGGCUCCAGUCCUUAGGUGGCUGGUAUGUGAAGCUGCACAUAAUAACGCCAGCAGUUGAAUCAAAUUGUUCUUUUGCGUGUUGGGUGGAGUAAUGGAAGAUACUUGCCAAUGAAUAAAUUUUUCCAUGUGCUUUGACUCCCUUUCACAGAUGGAUAGUCUUUUGCAUCACCACUGAUAAAUCUAAACUGUGUUGUCAAUAACUUUCAGGGGGAAAUGCUGUGUGUUUUGUUAACUUGAAAACCUGGGUCCUUCCAUCUAAGAUUACAGGCCAUGCUUAGGCAAAACAAACAGGUUCCUUCAUAGUUGGAAAACAGAAAUAAAGAGAAACAAAGCAAUUUUAUACAAACCGAACUGAAGAUUAGUUUUAGGUGGUUUAUUAGGUUAAAAAAAAGUAAUAAGCUUCAGCUCUGUUUAUACAGAAACUUCAUAUACCAAGGAACCUGUCUGCUUUUGCUAUUGAUGGAGACAGACACCUGGGAAAUAGGAAUUUUAAAAUAUAUUUUCAAAAUAUGUAAAAUCGUAUACAGUGGUACCUUGGUUCUCAAACUUUAACCGUUCAGGAAGUCCGUUCCAAAACCAAAGCGUUCCAAAACCAAGGCACACUUUCCCAUAGAAAGUAAUGCAAAGUGGAUUAAUCCAUUCCAGACUUUUAAAAACAACCCCUAAAACAUCAAUCUAACAUGAAUUUUACUAUCUAACAAGACCGUUGAUUCAUAAAAUGGAAACAAUAAACAAUGUACUGCAGACGCACAAUCAAUUGAUCAGUAGCUGAACUGGGUUCCACACAGUCACAAAAACAAACAAAAAAGAGCCGCAAAACUCAAAAUAAAUAGCAAAAACAGACAGACCUCAGCUUAACACUCAAAACAGAAGUCUGGUACUCAAAAUGGAAGUGUGGCACUCAAAAUGGAGCAUGCUUGGCUUCCGAAAAAUGUUCACAAAUCGGAACACUUCCUUCCGGUUUGCAGUGUUUGGGUUCCAAGUUGUUUGCGUACCAAGGCGUUUGAGAACCAAGGUACCACUGUAUGCAUAUUUGUCCCUGCAGUACUUUGAGGCAGUCCUAGAUGCAUCUGAAAUGUGCAUAGCACCUAAUCUAAGCCUGUUGCCUCCUCACACAGCACAUAUACCGUAAAACCAAGAUGUGUGUCCAUCAAAUUUGCUGUGGGUUUUUCCACACAUACAUCCAAGCAGAUUUGGGGGUGGUGUGAUGGGGGAAGAGAGGGAGGGGAAUUCAAUCCCUGUGUGGAUUUAGCUGGAAAGAGCCCUAUAUUUUAAAAUUAAUCUCAUGGCUUCCAUCAGGAUUCUAGACAUGAGACUCCUGCCCAGGUAAAUGUACUUAGGAUCUUAGUCUUAGCCUAAUGUGUCUCCUAGAAUUGUCUGGGAUUCUAACCCUUCUCAGGCAUAACUAAUUCUGUGUUUUUUGAGAACUAGCUGCUGCCAUCCCUGAUAAAGGCAGGGUUGCACUACAUAGUUCCUGUUGUACCGUUUAUUAGAAAUGACAUCCCAUUAAGUAUGAGAAACUUUGAGACUUCAGGUUGGAUUGUGCUUCUUGGCAGGCAGGGGCAAAAUAAAAUACUUCUCCAUGAUAGUAUUUUGAUUGGAACUGUAUUCAUAUUAUAAAACAUGAGUUUUUGUUCAAAGUCAGUUUGCCAGCUGAAUCCAGAGAGCUUUGGAAAAGGAACAGCAUAGUGAAUCAUGCUACUAUGAUCUUUGCGAGUAAUCCCAUAUAAUUCCGCUAUCUCGGCAAGAUGAGAGACCUCAUUAGGGGAGGGUAUAAAGUGAUUAGAGUGUUGGAUUAGAACCUGGAAGACAAGGGUUCAAAUCCCACCUUGGCCAGGAAGCUCGAACCAGUCACUUUUUCUCAAUCUAACCUACAUUUCAGGGUUGUUGUGAGGAAAAAAUGGAAGCUGGGAGAGCCCAUGCACACUCCCUUUUGCUUUUUGGAGGAAAAGUGGAAUAUGAAUGUAAUAAAUUUAAUAAUGUGGUCUGAUCACCAAAGAAAUUCUGGGUAAUCUGGAAGAUUUAGACAGGCCAAUGGUACCUGUGACCCAGCAAAGCCUAAUGAAACUUACCACCCAUAUACAGUAGCCAGUCAGAUCUUUAACUAUCCAGCUCUUGUACCCCAUUUUGGCAGGCAGGCAGCUAAAACAGGUUAUUGUGUCCCUGGUGGGUCAUUGUACAUUGCUGAUUUGGUAGAAACACAUGCUGGGCAAGUCUGGUGUAGUUAUUGCUUCCACUACAUUGAGAUAACCCUCUUCUCCACCUUGAUUUUUCUUACAAGAUGGUUUUUUGAAACCUCCCCGAAUUUUUAUAAAGUAUUUUGGACACAUUCCCUGAAAGUAACAAUCCUUAUUGGAUUAUAUGACCAUAUUUACUAGAAAGGCAUUCUGGAUUUCAUGCGAUGUGAGUUUCUGCACAUGAAUUGUAAUCUGAUUGCAGGUUUAAUGCCAAAUAAUUCACUUGCUGAAACUUUUUUCUUUUCCUUCUCUUCCUCCCUCUUUCAGAUGCCAGUAAAAUGAUGGAAGAGUAUGGUCACGUGCAAAACCAGGUGGAAUUACAAAAUCCCAAUUUAGGGAAGGAGGGAGUGAUGAAUUCCCUUGAAAAUGAUCUCCAGGAUAUAAUGGACAGGCUUAACCAGAAAAAAAAUUCGCCGAGUCUGAGGUUCAAGGCAAACAGUGAUUGUGCCGGUUCUUACUUAACACUCUCACAGCCACUGCCACCCAAAUCCAGCCCUGCGUCUAGUGUUAAGAGUAUGUCAUCUGCUUCCAAGCUCCAAGGAAGCAAGCCAUUGGCUUGUGAGAGCUCUUACCUUUCAGAAAAGAACAUCUCUGGGAAACAUCUGGGCUCCAUUUCAGGCACGUCUCCAUCCUUAAGUGGGUACAGCCUAGGGAAGAGAGACUUUGAUAUUUACGUUGCCAGAGAAAAUGAGAAACAGUUUGGACAUCUGGAUAAGUUUCCCUACUCAAAGUAUAGUCAGAAGAAUAAAUCUUACGAUAACGUCUACUUCCCAGGAGUGCUAGAUGGGCGGAAAAACGCUGCGUCUCUUCUUGCCAUGUGGAAUGGAAGCUCAGGGAAUGAGAUAAUUCUUUCGCCACUCGGAUGCUCAGGAGCCGCUAGUAUGCCCUCCAGCCCAAAGCAAGGCAGGAGGAUGAAUAUUCAAGAUCUCCUUUCACUUCAGACCAGACCAGCUAAACAGAAGGACCCAACCGUGGACAUGUUGGGGUCUAGAACCAGGAAGUAUUCUGGAGGUUCCCUGAGCCAUAUGGGAGUUUAUAGCCGUUCUUUACCCAGGCUUUACAAAUCGUCAGAAAGCCAGCUGGUGCCGCUAAGUUUACCCCCAAGGAACUCCCUUGGGAACACCAAAAGAAAAAAGAUUGUGGAAAAAGAUCUUCUACCUCAGAGUAUACUGGAUGCUGACAAUUACCUUAACUUUUCUUCCUACACCUCAGGGGUUUUGCCGCAUACGAACUUUGCAUCUGAAACCAAUUCCUAUGUGAAUUCAACUCUCAGUGUUCCUGCCAGCCCCCGCAUAGCUCGAAAAAUGCUCCUGGCUUCUUCUUCCCCGUAUGGGCCCGACGACUUUGACAGAGUUGGACUCUCUGGGACCAGCCCGAUCAAUUCUUUCACCCCUGUGGAUCCCGAGAGAGUGUUCCCUAUCAGAAGGAAAGUUUCCAGCAGUUCCAUGGAGUUUGAGGAAAUGGAGCUGGAAAGCCUCAGGCAGACCCCUUCCAUCCGGGAGCGAAAGAAUAGCAUUAGUUCUGUUUCCGGAAGGGAUGACCUCAUGGAUUACCACAGGAGGCAGAGGGAAGAAAGGCUGAAAGAACAGGAGAUGGAACGACUGGUAAUGAUACUUUCUGGUUAAUUUUUAACAAGAUGUUCUGCUUCCAAGCCUUUGCCCAAGUUAAAAUUAUUAAGUUGUGUGUGUGUGUGUGUGUGUGUGUGUGUGUGCAGGCGCUCACACACUGCUGUUGUGUUUUCAGAUUUGGGUGUUUGACCUUGUACAUGGGUGAGACAGUGUUUAUUCUGUCAACCUCUGAAGUCAAUUGGCCAUGUAGUGUCCUGCCUUGAAAUCUGGGCGGUCUAAUGAAAUCAUAUGUAUGAUGUAGGAAAUUGAUAGGAAUUUCAGCCAUUCAUCCUGCGUGUUCUGCCAAAAUGACCAUAUACUUAAAAGCCACAAAUUAUAGGCUGCAAGGAUACAACACUUAAAGAAAAAAAGUUGAUGUCAUUGUUUUGUGGUGGCUGGGUAAGUAACUCAUGUCUCCAGCCUAAGCUGUUUGGAGGCAUUCUUGUGUGCAUUUUGUUGAAGGGAGCAAACUGGAAAAUUUUGUGACAGCAUGCAGACCAGAGUAUGGUCUGAAGGCAUGUGAUGGCACCACCUUGUGGGUGGCACUGUGGUCUAAACCACUGAGCCUCUUGGGCUUGUUGAUCAGAAGGUCAACGGUUCAAAUCCUCAUGAUGGGGUGAGCUCCUGUUGCUCUGUCCCAGCUCCUGCCAACCUAGCAGUUCAAAAACACACCAGUGCAAGUAGAUAAAUAGGUACCACUGUGGCGGAAAGGUAAACGGCAUUUCCUUGUGCUCUGGCUUACAUCAAGGUGUUCUGUUGUGCCAGAAGCGGUUUAGUCCUGCUGGCCACAUGACCUGGAAAGCUGUCUGUGGACAAACGCAUGAAAGUGAGAUGAGCGCUGCAGCCCCAUAGUCGCCUUUGACUGGGCUUAACCGUCUGGGGGUCCUUUACCUUUUACCUGCUGAAGCUAAACAGGUCUGGGUGGGUGGCCACCUGGAAACCAAAUGUACGCUGCCUCAGGUUCUAUAUCAGAAGAAAGGCUGAAUGUACUGGUAAUUGCAAGAAAAUAAAUAGAUAGAUUGUUCAGUCGGAGCAUGUUUCCAUUUGGGGGCAUCAUAGCUUGUGCCAGGCAGUUUUUAAAAAUGGUGAGAUAGCACAGGACUAACCUUCAAAGCGCUUUUUUUCCAGGGAGAGUUCACACAUGCAUGUAAAUCACUGCAAGACUUGCAGUAAGUAUCAAGUGGUGACUUGAAUGUGUGAACGAGCCAUUCCAUAGAAAACAGAAUACCUCAAAUAACAGUGGGCUUCAUACAUGCAGCUGUAAGUCAUCAAGCCCGUAAGUGAUGAGAAAUCUAACAAUGUGUGUGCAUUCUGCACUGGCUCUAAGCCUCUUGUCAUUGGUUUGCAACAGUCAGCAAGUAUUCUGGUGGUUCCUGUUCCUAGUGCGUUCUGCUUGAAGGAUGGAAUGUGCAGAGAAACAUGUUUCAGAGGCCUAGUGGGACAUUAGAGAGUCAUACUAGGUGCCCUGUGGCCCCACACAAUAGAGGAUAUUCAUUGCUGAUGUGGGUAUACAGAGGUAAAAAGAGAAAUCUCUUAAUGAGAGAUUUGGAGGAACCAGUAAUUGUACCCUUGUGAAAGCUUGAGGAAUAGUACUUAUCAUAAAGAUAAAAUGACAAAAUAUUUGUUUCUGAUUCUGUUUGGCUGUUGUUUCCCUUACAGCAGCACUUUCUUCUCCCUUUUAACAGCUUUCAUCCUGUAAUAGGAUGUAGGCCUGCUGGUUUGUGACAUGUGGAAAGAGCCUCGGUGUUUACAUAUGAAGGAAUUUCCUCCCACUUAAUUUAGUUUUCCCUUUUUAGCAUUCUAGAAGGGUAAUUGUCUUUCAAGUUGGCCACUCAGAGGGCUGGGAUUGAGGACUUUGUGUUCAAACCUUUGAAGGGCGUUAAGAACCAACAAUAACAGCUCUGGAAGGAAGCGUGUAUUUGUCGGGCAGACCCCUUCCAUCCUUGGCUUAAUGCUUUUUUCAAAAGGUCAGCUGUUCUGCAGCUUUAAUUGUACUAUCCUUCAAAGGAGCCUCUUGGUGUUGUGCUUAGUUACAGGGCAAGCUGUGACGCCAGACUCGCUCUGUGUUUCUGCCCUGUGUGUGGAGAAGCAAGCAAAGAACAAUCUAGAUCCAUUUCCAGUGGAUAAAUAAGAAGCUAGUUUUAGCAUCUUCUCCUCCUUACUUAAAAAAAAAAAAGUGUUCAGCAUUAAUUAUUCUCAAAUCACAAUAAUUUAUUCUGUUUUCUUGAGAACUCAUUCAAAUGCACAAGUAGGGAUGUUACAUUUCCAGGAACCUUGUAAGUAUGCCAUGGAGGAUUCCCUGCCUCUUCAGGGAAAACAAUGAAAUAAUAUGCAUUAUUAGUGUCUCACUUUGAGGCUACAAUCUUAGGUCCAAUUUAUGUGGGAGUAAGCCCCAUUGAAGCAAAUACUUCUGAGUUGGUAUAUAUAAGAUUUCUCUGCAAGAACAUAAAAUGUCCAACGUCUGGAUAUAAUUCAGGACUGUUUAUUUGAUGGUGACAGUGUGGGGUUGCUGGCUUUCUGGGUGGCGCUGUGGUCUAAACUACAGAACCUAGGGCUUGCCAAUCAGAAAGUUGGCGGUUCGAAUCCGUGUGACGGGGUGAGCUCCUGUUGUUUGGUCCCAGCUCCUGCCCGCCUAGCAGUUCGAAAGCACAUCAAAGUGCAAGUAGAUACCUUCUCUGGCGGGAAGGUAAACGGCAUUUCUGUGUGCUGCUCUGGUUCGGCAGAAGUGACUUAGUCAUGCUGGCCACAUGACCUGGAAGCUGUACGCCGGCUCCCUCGGCCUAUAGAGCGAGAUGAGCGCCGCAACCCCAGAGUCGUCCGCGACUGGACCUAACGGUCAGGGGUACCUUUACUUUUACAGCACCAGAGGAAGAAUUGUUUGACUCUUUCUCCUGCUCUAUAUUCCUGAUCCAACUUACCCCCAAUACAGUACUAGGCCCCUGUGAGUUCCACUUCCAAUGAGGCAGAUAAAUGACUAGCAAGCAGGGAGAAUUCCAGCUUCUGGAAUUGUGCAUAGAUCCUUUGUUUACCAAGCAGAGAUAAAACAUAGAUUUAAUUCAUAAAAGCCGAAGCGCCUUCCAUUUCCAUAGCAUGCCUAGUUCCUUGUUGGCACAUCAAUUCAGGAACAGUAGUCAAUAUCAUGCUUGAUCGUGGUACUGACCCCUUUAGCAAGUUAGCAUAUUUUUAGUAACAGGGUUCUUCUGCGUGUCUGACAAGAGGCAGUGCUGAAUCUUCUGGGAUCUUUCAGCGACACGUGGCCAAAUGAUUUGGCCCAGUUGGUUAGCCUUUGCUUCUCUGUGUUCAAGCAUUGGACCAUGGGAUAGCUCAGCUGGUCAAGCAAGAGACUCUGAAAAUCAGGGCAUGGGUUUGAACCCCACGUCAGGCAAAAAGAUUCCCGCAUUGCAGGGAAGUUAGACUAGAUGAGCCUCAUGGUGCCUUUCAACUCUACAAUUGUCUGGUUCUAUUAUUCUGUCUUGCUUUCAUGCCUCAGGCUCCUGACAUGUUGAAGUUAGGGAAUGGACUGCUGAGGAGAAAUGGACAGCUCUGCCUCUGGUGUCCAAAUUGAGUAAAACCAGUCUGCAGUUUAAGGACGUGCACAGUUUUGCCUCUAGAUGGUGCUACUUAAUAAAAAAUUAUGUAAUAGAUACGCAAAAGCACACAUAGGGUUGGUUUCAGUUGUUUUGCAUCCCAUCUCAGUGAUUAAAAUAUCAAAAAAGGUUAUUUAUGUAUGCCACUACUGCGGCCCGGGUUUUGUUAGCCCUAAAAUGGAAAACGAGCAUGUCCCUACCAAAGAAGAGUGGCAACUUAAGUUGAUAGAAUAUGCGCGGAUUGCAGACUUAAAAUAUAGAAUAAGAGAACAAGAACAUAUGUUUAGAGAAGAUUGGAAAAUGUUUAUUGAAUAUAUGGGGGGAAAUUGUUUACACUUGAAUACAUUGGCAGCAUUAAGAUAAAUUCAAGAGCGCAAAUAAGUUUUGAUAGAUGUAACAAUGGAAUAUGGAAUGGUUUAGUUUAUGUUAAAUAUGCAGGGAUUUAUGGUAUGCAAAAUGAACUAUGGAAAGAGAAGAAGGGAAGUCAUUGGUAUUUUAAGGAUGUUUAGAUGAGUAUUCAAAAUUGUAAAACAGAAAAUUUAAUACAAAUUUAAUAUAUACAUUCCAGUCCAAGUGAUCAGGAUAUGAAGUUCUCUGUCUGAUGUUUAGAGAGCAAUCCGGAUCCUGGAGAUCUGGAGAUGAAAUCCACUACAGCACUAAGAUCAGAACAUAAAUCAGGCAUAGGCAAACUCUGGCCCUCCAGAUGCUUUGAGACUACAAUUCCCAUCAUCCCUGACCACUGGUCCUGUUAGCUAGGGAUGAUGGGAAUUGUAGUUCCAAAACAUCUGGAUGGUCAGAGUUUGCCUAUGCCUGAUAUAAAUCUUCUAACUCAAGAGCAGCCAGAAGGAUCUCAGUGCUCAGCACUGCAGCACUGAGAGGAGAGAUAAAGCCCUCUGCCUGCUCUUUAACAGUGAAGAGUCAGUAUUUCACCUGUACCUCAGGGCCGGAGUGGAGGAUGUGUGGACAUGUUCAUUUCAUGUUACACGUAGCUUUCUGUGGAGAGUAAAAGCCACGCUCCCCAAGCAUUGGAGUGGAAAGGGCUGGAAAUGCUGAUUAUGUGUGUAUGCAUCUGCAUGUGUGAAUGAAGGGGUGCUGUGUUCCUGCAUGUUUCGUGAGUGUGCUGUGUAUGUACAUGUGCUAGUUCAUGUAGCCCACAGAGAGGCGUGUGGCCGUCAGUGUGACCUUAGGGCUGAAAAAGAUUCAAUCACCACCCUAUCACAGAAUCAUAGAGUUGGAAAAUAUAGAGUUAAUUUAUUCAUUUUAUAUAAGGAGUAUGUUCCGAUCUGUGCUACAUCUUGAUUAGACCCUUGAAGCGAAGCAAAGAGAAUAGUAACGUUUGCUCAUCUCCUUGUAUCACAAAGAUCUCAGGGCUACUUGCAAAAAGAUAAAAAAGGGGGAAAUAUAGGAAUUCGCACACACCAGGAUGUAAGUGGUCACACACAAACAGGUAAAAAGCCUCAUCCCCCCAAAACAUCAGAAGGAUCACUGUUAAAGCAACCACCACCAAGCAGCCAGAGAAAAAACUAAAAUCCAAUCCCUGGGAGUAGAGAAAAGUCUUGGCUGCUGGAGAGGCUGUUUCUUCAUGCAAAAUGGGGUUCUUAUUUUGCUCUUUCUAGUGCAGUUUAUCACUUUUCCUGCUUGCAAAAGGUCCAAUAGGAAAAGUGACAGAAAAUUGCACCGGAAAGUGCAGGAUAACAGCUGUUGUCUCCCAGUGCCUCCCAGAUACCUUUGCAUGAACAUAUCGGGAUGAAUGCUCAGUAACUUUUGUAUGAACACGUUAACAUGAAUGCUCAGUUGAAAAGCUGGUUAGGAAGCUCCCUAGUCCUGGCACUAAAAAAGGAAGUAAUGCUGCCACCUGGUGGUUUUUUCUGGGGAGAGCACUCCAUAGUCAGGGACCUACAAUUGAAAAGGUUCUCUUGUUGCCACCUUACUGCCAGAGAGGGUACUCUGAAGAGGGCCUCUGCUGAUGACCUAAGGGUCAUAUGGGAAGAGAGUUUCCUUAGGGCGCUGAGCCACUGAAGUCUUCAUAGAUCAAAGCCAGUGCUUCUCAAGGAGACACUGAUCACAUUACUCUUAUUAUUGUGCUAUUCAGGAUGGUCUCAGAGGCCAUUGGUUGUGCUGCUAGUGUGUGUAUAAUAAUAAUAAUAAUAAUAAUAAUAAUAAUUUAUAAAUUAAAAUCUUAUUGUCAUUUCACAUAGCAGAUGUGGGAUUUGCUACCUUUGGGGUGAUAGUGGUGAAAUAUAAUAGGCAAAACAAUGACACAUUACCUAAACGGCCUUGGCCCAGUCUACCUGAAGGAGUGUCUUCACCCCCAUCAUUCUGCCCAGUCACUGAGGUCCAACAUCGAGGGCCUUCUGGCAGUUCCCUCACUGCAAGAAGUAAAGCUACAGGGAAUCAGGCAGAGGGCCUUCUCGCUAGUGGCGCCCGCCCUGUGGAACGCCCUCCCAUCAGAUGUCGAGGAAAUAAACAGCUAUCAGACUUUUAGAAGACAGUCCUGAAGGCAACCCUGUUUAGGGAAGUUUUUAAUGACUGAUGUUUUAUUUUUAUUAUUUUUAUUAUUCAUAUUCUGUUGGAAGCUGCCCAGAGUGGCUGGGGAAACCCAGCUUGAUGGGCGGGGUAUAAAUUAUUAUUAUUAUUAUUGUUGUUAUGAUUAUGAUUAUUCCUCUUAAAUUAAAUCCAUAUAUUGAAAUGCUGAAUUAUGAAUGUGCCAAAAGCCUGGUUGAUCUUUAUAUUCCCAUAAUCCCUAUUGUGGGUUGUGGUUGAGAAGUAGUGACACCUUAAAGACAGCAAGUGAGUUCAUGCCUGAGGUGAGAUUUGACACAAAGAUUCCUAGUUCACAGCUCUUACCUGUAGACUAGAAAACUCAGGAGGUAGGGAAGCUCCAAUUUACAUUUGCAAUAACAUAUUGAAUCUAUGUAACACCCUAGAACGUAAGAGACAGCAGUACAAAUGAAACAGGUGGAACCUGUAAGGGCUGGAGAUAUGCACGUCUGCUUUGCACUCUGUUCCACCUUAGCAGAACCAUAGAUUUCACCACAGAUUUCUUUUGUGUGAAAAGGUGGUUGUGACCCUAUUGUUGAACUAUGAGGCAGAGGAGUUGCUAGAACCAAGGACACAGAACAUCUUCUGUGGCCAGCCAUGGACUAAUAGUGUCAAAGCAUAGGACCAGAACCCCUUUCCUCACCUGAAGGUAGCUCAAUCACAGAAAAUAGUGUGCGUUUUCCACAGUCUAAUGGGAAGUACUUGGAACCUACUGAGAUACUUUAACAUCUUAGGUGGUAUUCAACUGCAUUUUACUCAGCUUAGAUCUGUUGAAAUUAAUGAACCUCAUUUAGUCAUGUUCAUUCAUUUUAAUGGGCCUACACUGAGUUAUGCUUAGUUGAAUACCACCCUCUCUAAUAAUCUCAUUGUGUUUUUUCUGCUCUACCUAAUUUCAUGGUGGAUUGUGCCCUUUGAAUCUCCAUAGAAUAGGCAGUUGUCUUAUAAUGCGAUGAGUGUCAUAUUUUGUGAAAUAUGCUGUGGUAAUAAAAAGAAACUACGUGUGCACUGUUAAUGUCUGUGAGUCUCCCGGUUGCCUCUCUGUUUUCCUGAGUUGCAAAAAGAAAUUAAAUUUAUGGCAUGAACAGAAUGCAGGUGCAAUGAAACCACGACUAGCUGGCAGCCAAUAGGAUGAUGUGAACAGACAGCACAGAAUAGCAGCCGACAGAACUUCCUGUGCAUAAGCUUUCUCAUACCACGUUGUGCAAGUCAAAAUAGAAAUGAAGCAACGCAACAUAGUCUCCUAUUACCUCUAUAGCGAAAGGAAGCUAUGCUUGUUAUUUAGGCAUAGAGGCAUUCUUUCUUGCAAAUAUAGGCAUUUAGGGGCUUGUAGUUUCUCGCUGAACCUACCUGUUUUCAGCUUUUCCAGAUUUAAAAUCCACAUCUUGAGUUGUAUGUUUGAAGUAUCAGCAGUUGCAUUCAGAAAGAAGAUUUUCUCUGCAUUCUCAGUGGUUGAGAAUCAGUUCUUAAAAUUGUAAUAUCCUCGAGAUUUUUUUCUGCAUUUUUUAAAUAUAAAAAACACCUGUUCACCCUAAAGUUUGGUGCAUUCUAGACUGUCUUGUCAGUUCUGGGUUGAGAGCAAAACUCAGCCCGUUGCAUUUGAGAAAGGCUAAGGUGAACGGCAGCCACGCAGGCUUCCAUUUGAUAUGCCCUGUCUUCCAAAGAGUGGGUGAGGAGAGACGCCAGUACAGACACAUCCUGUCGCUCUGUGUGGGGGUGGAGUUUUGUUUAUCCCAACCGUUGCCGUGAAGGUGUAGCAAAAGUGCCAGCACAGUAGCCUGUUGCAGCAUCAAGGGAUGGAUAAAUGUUCCUGGCCAGCAGUUAGACGAUGCUUUCAGAAAUGGGUUGGCUACUCAAAGAAUACGGGUUUAAGAGGAAGAGAGAAAAUACGGGCUAAGCAAAUGAAGAGGGAGCUGGAGGCUUGUGGAGAAAAUGCAUGGAGGGAACAAAGGAGUUUUGAGGUGCAAGGAUUUUGUUGUCAUUUUGUCUUUUCAUUUUACUGUCUUGAGAGAGGAGAAGAGGGGAAGUCAGGUUACAAGAUAAUUCAAGAAUGCAUUUGACUAGCUAUGCUAGCUCAACUAUACUGAUAUUUUCUCCAUGACUAGAAGGUAGAAUUCAGAAGCAAGUACAGAAUUUUCUCAUAAUCUUAUCUUUUUCGGGAUAGCAUUGGGCUCUUUUUUCAUAUACUUGCAUGUUUUUCAUGGAUAUGCAGAAAAUCUUGAUUUCACAAACUCUACUUGCCUUUCCCCCAAGAUUUAAAAAAAGGGGGAGGAGGAAUGAGUCCUUUCUAUAACAUUGUUAAGCAUUCUUAUUUAUUUUUAAAACUAUCUGUAUACGACCCGCUUGCAAAUCACCUAGGGGUGCAGACAUACUUAUCCUGGAAUAAAUUCUAUGAGACUUGUUCCUAUAUAGACAUGCAUCAGAUUGUGCUGUAACAUUGCAAUCCUGUGCACAUUUACUUGGGAGUAAGCUCCCUUGGACUCAGCAGGCCUUACAAUCAUAGGCUUGGACUAGAUCUUAUUUUUUGUGUCUAUUCUUAUGUUCAGUUUGCAGACAGAUUGAAGUUGAGUACUCGGAAUAAGGUUAAGGUUAAAGGAGCACUUCUGAACGCUGAAAAUUAGGUAGCUGGCAGCUGAGACUCUAGUUGCCCUAGUUGUCAUGUACAGUGCUUUUGAAUGCAAGGUUAAGGCUACUGUAACAUGUUUAACUUGCAUCCUGAAGAACCAUCCUUUAAAACUGACUUUAUACUGUACCUGGAGGUAUGUAAAGCUAUGUGUUGGUGACAGCUUUCUCAAGCCUUUAGUGGUGUAAUUCGGCCAAACCCUCAGCUUUGCAGUCACAUGAACUGCACAAGUACAGAGUACUCAUAUGUUGAAAUGCAAGCAUGAAGUGUGGUUUGCAGCGUUUCUCAAGAGGAGAUUCAGCAAUCACUGAUGUUGAUGUAGUCGUAAUCCUUCAUAGUCUGCUUAGAUCGUAACGUUUGCAUUACCACAAAUGUUUAUUUAGAAGAUUUGCCCUUCUGAAGUCCAUUGUUUUCUGUGAGUGAUCAUAAUUUACUAAAAGUUUAUGCCUUGCAUGACCUUUGCAUGUUGCUUGCUUAAAUUUAAAAAGGAUGUACGAAUUGCUUGCUAAUUAGAAGAAUGUUAGAUUGAAAUCCAUGAUGCCUACAUUCCAGGAUAUAGGAUUCAGGAUCAAUGUGCCAGUUUUUAAGUACCUUUUUCAUUCAGUUUGAUGCUAAUAUUAAUUUCUGCAUGUAUCCUAGCCCUCACCUUUAAUGGUUUUCAUUGCUUCUUUCAAAUAUUAGGAGCGUCAGCGGCUGGAGACCAUUCUUAACCUGUGUGCAGAAUAUUCCAAGCCAGACAGUGAUCCUGCCACUGUCACAACUGUAGCUGAUGUUCAGAAAAUCAAUAAAGAACUUGAAAAGCUUCAGGUAUCUGAAGAAGAUUCUGUCUUUGACGAUUCUCAGAUGACUCCCGAAACGAGAUUCAGAAAUCACUUGCAGAUGCCAACUGGAGAUUCCGACUUCUCUGAGUUCAGUGAUCUAGGUCAAAAUGCUAUGGGAUUCUUUACCCCCCGAGGGAUGAGAACAAAUAAACAUUUAGGUGACAACAGGACAACAUCACCCUUACCUUCUUCUCCCUUCUUGAAGAGUGCCAAUGAAGCGUCCUACCUGAGCAUCAUGUCCAAGGUAAUGGCAAAUACUUUAUAAGACAAACUGGCUGGGGAUCCCGUUCUGUGUUAGAUCAGUUACCAUGAGAAAUAGUUAAAAUCCACAAGUUUCCAUCGCAAACCUACAUUUAUAUAUAUGUUUAGCUUAGAAAUGCCAGUUUUGAGGCCACAAUCCAGAUAAGUGCAAACUAACACCUUGUAACUUCUUUUCUGAACAGCACCAACCUCCUCUUCACGGACAGGUCCCAAUGCUGUUUGUUAGUGACUGACUGCCACUGCAAAGGGGGGGCGGGCGGUCUACUUGAUUUUCAGCUGCCAUCACUGUUGGACAACCAAAGAAAGAGAGCCCAGUUCAUAUAGUAGUGCAGGCUACAUUCAAGGCUGCCACACUGUGGCGGCAUCCAGGAAGUGCACCGUCCCCUUGGCACCAAUCAGAGCAACAGAUGGGAAGUGAAGCCAUUGCAAAAUACGCAACCAGAUCAGUAUUCAAAAAUAAGAGCUGGUGACUUCUUUUCUUUUCAAUGCUGACAUAUGGUCCAAAUGAAACAACAAGUAGCUGUCAGUUAGACCUUUCUUAUGCCUCUGGACAUUACUUUUUUCUAGAGAGAGAGAAAAUAAAAAGGGGGGCAAUAAGUACUCAUGUCUCUCUCAAAGUGGUCUUCGUUAAACUGUUUGUCCACAAGUGUAGUGUGAUGCUAUUUGAAAGGGAGGAUUCAUGAUGUCCGGGUAUGCUCAGUUGCCUCCAGGAAACACAGAAUGUUAUAUGUCAGCCGGUAAAGGAAAACAAGGAUGAGAAAAGUGAAUUCAUAUCCUCGAGCCCUUUAGACCUUAUAGUAUCCUGUACUAGAGAAUGGCAUGGUGCCAGGAACUGUCAACACAAGCACUGCACAUCCCACUGAGCUAUGAUUAGCAGACUGCUAAUGGUUUUGGGAGGGCAGAGAGAGAGGGGAAUCCAGGCUGCAGUUUUUUCGACACCCCGAAGAGAUCGGAAUUGACUUUUUAGAAAAAUUGAACCCUGAAUCUUCAGGUCUUAGUAGAAGUGUUGUGCUCUCAUGGGAUCAGCAUAAUAAUUUUUCAGAAGUUAAAACACUCUGCACAGAGCUCCCAGGAGGCAGAUGCUGCUGUGUAUUGUUGGUGAACAGGGAAUCAUAUAAGAAAAAAUGUAUUAUUGUAGCAGCAGUGACCAACUGGGUUAGGCUGAGGAUGAGGGACAGUCCUGUUAGUUUCUCCCUUUUGGUACAUUCUUCAUAUCAUAAGGAGAGAGAGAGAUGUAUGGAAUUGUUCCAUGUCACCUUUAUACUUCUUUCCCUCUCAAAGCACAUAGUGCUGUUCCUGGGGUGAUGGGCUAUACUGCUCACUAUACUGCUAUAUGAACUGACCCACACCCUGCAAUAAUCAUCUAGUCCCUUCUUCAUGUGCCCCCUCUGCUUGUUUAUAAUGUCCCCCCCCCUUUGUCUUUACAGGAUUGUGGUCUUGCAUCUCUUCCUUAUGAUUAUACUUUGCCUCCUAUAAGUGAGGAGGCCUGUUGUUAAUUCUCUGCUAGGAACGUGAAACCCAAGCUGCAGUGUUAGAAAUAGCUGAGCAGGGAUUCUUGUGAAAAGGGGGCUUUCCUGUUAGGAUUACUAGUGCUAGUAAGGAGUACAGUUCAUUAAAAAAAAAAUCUGUUAUAUUAUGUUAAUAGCAAUAGCAGUGAUCACUUGAAUGCAAUUCAUUAUUUGUUCUAAAAUGCCAGAGUUGUAGCUCCAAAACUGUAUUGCUUAACAGACGUCUGAGAGAAGGCCAUAUGGUUUAGUAAUUUAAGGCAAAGGACAGAGAAUAGGAACUGAGUCCUGGGUGUAGUUCUGAUACUGAGAAAUACUCUUGUGACCUUAUGCAACUAAUUUGCCCUCUGAAGACUAACCAGCCCCCCUUGGAACACAAAAGCCAUAGUCAGGACACCAGGGAUGCAGUCCUAAGCACAGGCAAUGUGUGAAUAAACCUGAAGAGAUUGUUGUGCUAUCAGUCUCUGCCUGUGCUAGGGUUUAAAGCAGUUUGAUGCAGGCAGUGCUUUUCUUUCUAUAAAAAAAAAUGUUUAGGGGUACUCUCAUUUUGACUCAAGAAAAUCACCAUUUUAUAGUUCAAAUCGGGGAAAGUAAAUACAGUAAGUGGACAAAAGUACAAAGAUUCACAAACUGUUUAGGAGUAUGUGUAUCCCUGCAUCCCCCCAGGAAAAAAAUCACAGGAUGCAGAAAAUAGUUGCUCAGAAAAUAGCCUUGACACUAGUUUUUGUAUCUUCCCAUAUUGUCCAAUAGGUAAACGGGUAGGAGUUUUGAAACAGCACCUUUGAGGAAUAUGAGAAAACAGUAUUAACAAAGGAGGGGGGAAAUCUGAUUUAUACAGUGCAAUUCUGCUGCUGCUGUUCUUAAAAAUCUGCCGGCUUAAGCAACGUUUUGGGCCUGGUAUUUUUAGGUAAUACUAAGAGCAGUUGUUGGGGUGGGGGUGGAGCAAUGAGAAAACAUACAUUUUGGGAACUUGUAUUUUUAAAAAGUAACAACACUUCCUUGUUGUUCUUUCAGACACCAGAGUGCAUAAGUGAUGAACAAAGAGCACUGGAGCUUAAUCAGAUGGAAGAACAGCGCAUUAUAAUACUGAAUAACUUGGAAGAACUUGAACAGAAGGUCAAAGAUUUAAAUGAUCAGAUGGAUGAGUCCUCUAGGGAGGUAUAAAAAGUAUUCUCUUUGUUUUUAUCUGAUUAGAUUUGAGCCUCUAUCUUGCUGCAAGAAGCUGCAGGUGUACAUAAAACACAUUCAUCUGAUUACUGAAAUGUUGGUUGCUAUGAAACAAGGCUGGAGAGCCACUAGCCCAUGGAUCAAACCUGGUCUUCUGGUGGGUCCAAAUUGCCCCCCCCAUUUCCCCCCAAGCCAUGCUUACCUGCCUAUCAGCUGAAGAUUGACAGGUGGCUCUGCCCACCUGUCAAAGUUGGCCUAUGGCUUGGUGGGGAGAUAACCAUCUGUUCAGCUGGGCCAAAAGGGUACCUUGCCCGUGGUACAAUGGUCAUCAUGCCACCACAUGUAUUUUGUGAACACAUGAAGGCACCAUAGCUGUCAACUUUCCCCUUUUUUUAAGGGAAAUUCCCUUAUUCUGAAUAGGAUUCCUUGCAAGAAAAGGGAAAAGUUGACAGCUAUGGAAGACACAGCAAGAAUGUGCCUUUUACAGUAGCUGUACUCAUGAUGCUGAUAUACCUGCUGGCCACACUCCUUAGUACCAGCACAUUGGGUGUUAGCAUUUAUUUUUAGUCCUAUGCGAAUGAUAGCACAAUAGCACAUCCAAGUGAAGGGUGCUAUAGCAGCUUGGGGUGGGGGUUGGUGAUCCUCAUUGGGACAACAGCUUGGAUCUUGGUGUCUAAUCUAUAAACCACACUAUAUUCAAGGGGGCUUACCCUCUAGUAAGUGUGUUUAGGAUUGCAAUCAUGUAAGUAAUGAAUGCUACAAAAUUGCAAAUAUGAACUGCAAAGUAUUACUUGGGAGUACUGCAGAGGUAUCUGCCAUAGCCAAAGCGUAAGGAAAUGAACGGCACCGUUAAAUUAUAAAUCCCUUCUGAAUUCUGCUUUACUUGGGAUCUCACAUUGCCAAAAACAACCUGCAAAUGACUCAGUUCCUAGUGAAUAACCUUAGUAAAGGGGGAGCAGCUGUUGCAAAAGGGAUCAACAUAACAACUGUGCCAUGAGGAAGUGAAAAUACUACAAGCAGACAGAAGCAGAAGCACUAGAAAGUUCUUGAAAAAUUGCCAACUUUGGAUUCCGUUUUCAAUAGCAUGCUGUUUUUGUACAUGUCUUAAACUAUCUCAAGAGAAGUUAAUGUGGCUUUGCAUCACAGUGUGUUUUAAAAUAUGCAGCAUGCAUGAAUAGGCCUUCAAAAAGUGUGUGUCAGUAUUUCUUUGUGAGCUGGCUUGAGGCUGAGAAAUUUUUUUCGUGUUCUUAGAUGGAUAUGGAAUGUGCCCUAUUGGAUGGGGAGCAGAAAUCUGAAACAGCUGAACUUCUCAAGGAGAAGGAAAUACUGGAUCAUUUAAACAGGAAGAUAGCUGAGCUGGAGAGAAAUGCCAUUGGUGAAAAGACCAAGGUAAAUAAAGUUAUGGUAUCCCUGUUUUAAUUAUAUUUUUGUGCAGAAUUGGAAUUUCAGUAACUGGUAUUUUCAAAAGAAAAUAGUGUGUCAUGGUGCAUUGUUUUAAGAUGAAAUAAAAAAUUAUGUGAACUAAUUUAGAAGCCACUGUGGAAAUUAAAAAAGAAAGAUAACUUGAACUUGGUAUGGGUUUUGUCGGGCAUUGAUGCUAUAAUUAGUUACUUAUUGAAGAAACACAGUUAUUAAGAAAACACACAACAUGUUGAAUUAUGAAGAAUGAGAACUAAGGCUGCAAUCAUUUGCAGUUUCCUGGGAGUAAGUCAAAUUAAACUCAGAUUUUCUUCUGAGUAGACACGAGUAAGGCAUAACAGGGGGGAUUCUGCACUUUAAUGUGGUGUCUACAGUCUUUUUCUUAUUGUGCAUGUUCAGCAAUUUUAAUAAUGUCGUCUGCAAUGGGUUUCCUUCAUAGUAGUGAAAAUCUUGAGAAUUUUAUUUACCUCUCAUGGCUACAUAUUUUUAGCUUAAGUACAUUAAAUUUUGCACGCCUGUAAUUUGCUCUCCUAAACAUAAUGUUUUGAUAACCUGCUACAGAAUACUGAGGGGACAAAAGGAAACAAAAAUCUAAAUUGCAAAAGAGCAUUGAACAUUACAUUAAAUCAUUUUAUGUGUAACGUGGAAGCCAACGUGCAAAUACUGUAACAUUUUAAUGAAAUGUUAUCACAUUCCAGAAAUUCAAGAUUAUGUAAAAAUGAGAAUCUACAUAAUCACUAAAUUAGGUCCAAAGUUGUGUGCCAGUAAAAAAAAAUACCCCAUGGCCAUAGCUUUUAGGAAUGUGAGAAGUGAUGUGCAUAUGUGUAUAUAAAUGGUUUACCCUUUCAGCAGUCCUCCUACAUCGGUCCUCCCAUUGGGAACUCUUGUAUGGAACUUGCCUCAAUGGAGCAUGCAUUUGGCAUCAAAUUUAAAAGCUGCUGAAUGCAAGCUCUGCUUGCAGAGAAACAAUCUGGAGCGCAUUGCGAGGCUCCUGCUUGUUCAUUUACAGCUGCAGCUUUAGCCGUCCCGCAUCUGCCCUCAUGUUCUAUGAGAUUCAGUGUGUAUGGCUGUGGAAAGACAGUUUCAUGGGCCAAAUUAGGAUGCCUGUAACUAAAAUUCACCCAACAGAGAGAAGAUUUACACUGCCUUCACUGGCAGUUAUAAAAAUAAUAAUAUAAUUUUAUUAUAUAUAAUUAUAUAUAUUAUUGUAUUAUAUUAUAGUAUAUAUUUAGAGUUUGACCAGUGGAAGACAGGAGUGCCUGGCGUGCUCUGGUCCAUGGGAUCACGAAGGGUCGGACACAACUAAACGACUAAACAACAACAACAACAUAUUUAGAUUGCAGCUUAAUGUAUGUAGGAGAUGCACUAGUUAGGAUUGCUCUGUGAGUUCUGUUUUUUAACAUGCUGUUCCUGAAAGAACCAUUGGAAUAAAUGGUUUUGUAGCUUCUAGUUUCUAGUGGUUUACAAAUGGUUUGAUGAUACCGUAUUGACGUGAAUCUCAUGCGCCAUCGAAUCUAAUGCGCACCUAAGUUUUCAAAACCUAUGAACCCCCAAAGUAUUUGCUGCAUCAGCGGUGCUUUUCAAGCUUGCAAUUGAAUCUAAUGUGCCAUGAAACCUAAUGCACACCCUAAUUUUCAUGACAUAAUUUGGCCAAAAAAGGUGCGCCUUACACUCGAGUAAAUACGGUAGUUGUAAGGAGCAGCUGUAGUUCACACCUGCAUCCUUCCCAUGUAUCAUUUUGACUCCUUCAGUAUCUUCCUUCAGCCUUAAAGCCCAUGUGGUAUCAUUUCCCCACUCGUAUUCCGUUUUCUGGUAUUGCUGUUCACUUCUGAACAGCUGUUCUGAUCUCUUCCACCAGUGAAUGGAGAUUUGUGAAUAGUGAAAUGAUAUCUGUGUACAACUUGUGAAAGACAAAACCAUUUCAUUCAUAAAAAUAUAUAGCACAAAUGAUGGCAGGUCUGUUUUGUGGUGGUGAUAGCUUGAUGUUUAUGGAAAGAGUUAAGACUGGAAUUAAUUGCUGAUCUAGGCACCUGUUUGACAGGAAGUCUUAUGCAAAGUCAUCUGACCGUUUAAGGACACCUGCUUCAGAAGCUUGUGAAAUUCUUAAGAGAUAUCAUGAAUGAAAACAUAAUCAGCUUUCCAUCUGCUUGCUUAAAAUAGACUAAAGGGAGAAUUUUCAUAUUACUUGUAAUCUUAUUCAUCUACUUCAAAGACCAUAGACACCAUACAGCACGCUGCAGAAUAUUGAACCACUUAUGCUUUCACAGUAAUUUACUGCAAAGCAAAUCCCAUUGUUCUGCAGCAAUUGAAAAGGAAACUGCACAUUCACAACCACCUGAGUAGGUUAUAUUAAGUUAAAAUGUUUUGAAUAAAAUUGAACCUAGUUUACUUGAUUUCUUAAUUUGCAGGAAGACUAAAUUCAACGUCAGCAAAAAAAUGCCAGCCUUAUGAGACUACCGCUGAAUUUAGGCUGUGUACUAUUUGCUAAUGUUGAAUAAAAGAUGAAGGAUCAGUGGAGCUUGGAUAAAUGUUCGUAGGACAGACAAUUAGUACAAAAGAAGCGCUUCACUGCAUUAAGCCAAAGGUCCAUAGAGCCAACACAAUGCCUCUGGGAUGCUUCUGGCAAGCCCACAUCCAAGGCAUGGAAGCAACAUACAUUCCCUGAACAUGGAGGUGCCUCACAGCCAUAUAGACAGGCAUAUCCUCUUCCAUGAUUUUCUCUAAACAAGUAGCCAUCAUCACAUCCUGUGGCAAUGAGUUCCAUAAGUUAUGUUGGGUGGUGAGGCUAUAUGCACUUUGCUCUGUCUGCCUGGAAUCUGUCGUUAAUCUCUUUCUUUGGAUGACCCUGAGUGUUUAAAUCUUCACAUUAUGGAUAAUUUUUUAAUAUUUUAUCCUAGGUGUGGGGAACCUUUUCCAGGCUGUGGACUGUAUUCCCUCAUGGGGCAGAGUUCGCACAUGCUAGUGGUGGGAAGGGGCCAGAGCAAUAGAUGCGAAUCUUACUUUUGCACAUUCUAGCCAUGCAAAAGUUGGAAGUUUCUACACAGAGAGAUGCGUCUCUGCAUCCUGACAAACAAGAUGCAGUAAUCUCAGAUAAAGAACACAUUCUAGCUAGGCUGAAGCACUCUAGGAAGGGUACCGAGCAGUGUUUGUGAAAGGUGUGGCCUGGGAGGAAUCUUGAAGGCCGGAUGGAGGAUCUUGGAGGACUUCACAUGGGGCCUAAGCUAAGCUUAUUCUUCUGGUUUGUUAUCCUUAAUUAAGGUCAGUUUCCCAUUUCAAAUGCACAGGGAACUCUGGCCUAAUGUAAGCCAGUACAGUGGUACCUCUAGUUACGAACUUUAUUUGUUCUGGAGGUCCAUUCUUAACCUGAAACUGUUCUUAACUAGAGGUGUGCUUUCGCUAAUGGGGCACACGAUUUCCAUUCUCAUCCUGGGGCAAAGUUCUCAACUCGAGGUAACUCUUCCAGAUUAGCGGAUUUUGUAACCUGAAACGCCUGUAACCCGAGGCAUUUUUAACUCAAGGUACCACUGUAUCUUGAUGUUGAAAGGAGGGGUGAGGGAGGAGCAUAUGUCUAUGAUGCUCAUCCUGGCUUUAUAAACCAUGGUUUAUAAACCAGUUUAUAAGACAUGGUUUAUAAAGUCUUGGCCAACCAUCUGACAAUGCCAAUGGGUACUAAGCUUAUUGAGUGCUUCUGUUAUAAAUUUAAUAUCAGUUUAUAGAAUCAUAUUGCUAAUGGGAAUGUAAAACAUUAGACCUGAACUUCACAUGGUCCAGCCCUAAGGCAGGAGACAAAAUGCAUUACUUAGCCCAGCCAUCUCAGUUAUAUCUUAUUUGGGGUGACAUUUUUUUUGCAGUUCAGAACUGACUUUCAUAUUUCCAGAACUUUCUUAAAAUUAUAUUUAGGCUCUAUGCAAUUAUACAGGUUGUAUUUCUUAGACAUGUAUAAAAUGCCCUUUUCCCAUAGUGUAGCUUAUAUGGAAUUAUCUUCCCAGUGGGAAAAUGGCUUUGAUAUAAGAUGAGACUGGUGAAAACAGGUGUACUCAGUGGAAUUUCCUCUGUAGGAAAGAAGUUCCUUGCCUUGUUUGUGCAUGUGUAGGGAACAGAUAGGAUUCACCGCUUCCAGCUACAGCUGGGAAUCCGAGCAGCGACUCUUGACGGUGAUAUUUGACACGGUCACAGCUGCCAGAGAGGAAGGGAAGGGUAUCCAGGAUGGGCUGUGGCUCUUAACUUCCCCCUGCCGCUGGACCUCUGCCGCUUCCAUUUCUCUGUUGCUGCUUAUCUCCUGGUCAGGAUCUCCCAGCUCUUCCUAAUAGCAAAGAUCUAGUGGAAAGGAAAACAGUGAGCUGCAAUCUCUAUCAUGCAUGUUCACCUGGGUGGAAAAAGACCUCUCGUGACUAGGGGAAGGAAAUGGAGGAUGGUGGCGGCAGCACUAAGAAACAGGAGUUUGAUCUGGGCCAGUUCCCAGCUGGAUUCUUGGCUAAGCUUGUGGGUUCCUUUCCGGCAUCAAAGGGUAUGUAGUCAGUAUGGGAUUGGCUGCUCCACGAGAUCCUCUAAACUGCGCAUGUGCAUGCAUUCUAGGACUUCCUAAGUGCCAGAGAAAAAUUAUGAUUCUUUACUAGCAUCACAAACUGCUGUUCAGUGUUUUGUAACUGUCUCAUUUACAACUUCCCGUGUUACUUGUUUAUAGCUGCCUGGUGUGUCCCAUUAAAUCUGAGUCUUUUCCUGCUAGUAACAAAAUGCCUAAGUUGUGCAAAGGACUGCAGAUGUAGUUGUCAGUAAAAAACAAAACAAAACCCUGCAUAACAUAAAGAGAAGAUAAAGGAAAUUAUUGUUCUCUGGUUGAAUGCUGGACAAAUGUAUUAAAGAGGUGUGGAGAUUCACCCCUUCUUUAAACAAAAAUAUUGCAAAAGUGCUAGCAUCCUGUCGAGAUCUAAUUUGACAGGUUGGGGGAUAUGAAUCAUUUUGUUGCUUGUUCCAUGUGGUAAUCAUGAAACUGGACGUCAGCCCAGAUCAUAGCUUACCAUGCAGAAGCGGUAUGCUAGUCUGCCUCAUUGCAUCAGUUUUGCACCUUAGCUUGCAUGAUCAGGAGCAACAAGCCAAGAAUACAGACACUCAGGAAGCCAAGAACAAACCUUGGCUUCGUGAUCAUGGUCCACUAGGAAAAAAUAAAGCAUAAUUCUGAGUUUGUGCAUAGUGAUAAGCCAAGCUUAAUGGCUUGCUCUUCAUCCCAGAAGAGGAGCAAAGUGGCAGCAAUUUGGAUAGUGUGCACUAGUAUACUACUUGCUCGUAGUAAGCCACAAACCACAGUUUACUGUGAUGUGCAAAGUUGGAACAUUAUAUAUUUCUCUGCCUGAAAAUUGUGAAAGGUUUUGGAGGUAAAGGAUAGAGCCUUCUGCUGAUUAUUCAUGUCUUCCGCUUGCCCUUUUUUGUUCUAUAAAACAUAGUUCUUGCACAUAUCCAUCAUUCAUCACAUUCAUAGCUGAAUAGCACAAAACACAUUCAAUAGAAAUGUUUGCGCUAGUGAAUAUUUAUUUUAAUAGAGAGGAUUCAGAUUAUUUUGUGCUUGGUUGUUGUUUUUUUUGAGAGUCCAUAGGAGAUGCUGCUUUGGCUUUAAGAAAAAGAAUUCCUCUCUUUAUUGAGACACCGCAUCCUAAAAACAAAAAGGAAAUGGCUCUUCCACUUGGUCUCAGGUUUCCUUCUCCAUCCGUAGCAUGCAGCUGUUAGCCUCCCAAAUUAACUGCUUCCCUUGUAAGAUGAGCUCAAUAACAGCCUUGUAUUUAGCACCACUGUGCAAUAAACUAUGCUAGCUUUUCUCUGUAGCUUCCCUGUUACCCCAGCAAAGAAGAGUGUUUGAAGUAGAAGCUCUGGAAAUGCAGAAAAAGUAUUUAAGACUAUACAUAAGACAGAAUAGACAGUAGCUGUUCAGAGAGUGGUAUUUAGCUCUGCCAUUGCCUAUGGUACAUGUGUUCAUCUUUCUUGUCCCAUCGCAGGAAAUGUUCAAACCAUUUCCCAGGUAUUUUAAGCCAUAACAUAUAAAGAACUACCUUCUAUCUUCAGAACUGGCAGUGCUCUCUAAUAUAUAUGAGCACCUAUUGGACAGUGCCUACUGUGACAUGUCCGGUGACAUAACCCUUAUCCCAGAUUUCAUUGCAAAGGCAUAAAAUCUUGUAUUUUCUUUCCCAGCACAUUGAAGAAUCUUUAUUAUAUUUUCUGGUUUCCUUUGGGAGUACAACUGUCUAGAUCAGGAGCUGCAAAAAAUCCAAUCCAAUCACUUUUAUCAUUCCAUUGAUCUGCAUAAUGUAAUGGAAAUAGCUGCAUAUAGUAAACAGAAAAGUUUGCAUACACUUGGCUUUCCCUUAUUGUAUAUGCACAGCUGUCAACCUGCUACUGAUAGACCAGAGUUGGAAAGUCACUCCUAUUGCUGCUAUAAACUACUGCUAAUAUUUAACAUCAGCUGGCAUUAGAGGAAUGCUAGGUAGAAGUGUUUUUAUCAUGAGUGGUGCUCAGUCCUUUUAAUGGAAUAGCAAAGCUUAGGUUUGAGAAGCUGUUGACUUGCAAGACUUGUUGCACCAAUCUAGUAAAUACAGGUGCCUUCACUGUACUGUUUUUGAUGCCUGCUAAAAAAUUUUUUGUUCAGACAAGCCUAGUCAGACAUGUAAUUUGAUUAUGUACCGGUAUGUAUGUUUUUAAAACUGAUAACUUUAGCUACAUUUUGAUAAUUCCUUUAUGUCUAUAUGUGUUUUAUGUGUUUACUUUAUUGGGAUUUUCUUGUGAAUAUGUUAUAUAAACUGCUUAGAGAUUUUUAUUUAUUUAAGCAGUAUAUAAAUAUAGUUAAAUAAAUUGGAGAACCCAUUUUGCACUGAAAAGUUUGUUGACAAAAGUGGCUAUACAUUACAUAAAAAUAGAUCAAUUGCAUUGAUCGCUAAAUCAGAUUUGCGUUUGUAAUGUAUAUUUGUCUGGCUGCCUUUGAAAACUUGCUCCAGAAUUGCAUUUUUCUUGUGGGUAAGUAUGCUGUUGCAAUUUAAGGAUAGGACCCAGAAGAGUCGCCACUGACAGUUUAGACAAUUCAGCUGCUCAGCAGUUUAGUUUUUGUGCUUCUGUGGGAUUGCAGUAAUCCAGUUUAUAAGGUUAUUGGUCUUGUAAAUAUAAGCCAUGCUUCCACGGACCUUUAUGAUCUCAGAUACAAGCUUACUGGAGAUCAAAAAUAAUGCAUCUAUCUUGCGUAAUUGUUGUCCUAGGCACCAAACCAACAUGUAGCAAAUAGCACUGGUCAAGGUCACUUGACUGUUUGCAGAAUGCUUGUCAGCGAUAAAUGCUUUAUAUAUCAAUUCCUGCUGUGGUUAAAAGAGUACUGGUUGUCUUAGAUAGCCUCAGUUCCCAUGCAGUGAAUAGCAAACUGUGGACAUCUUGUCACUUUGAGUGAUAAAUAGGUUGCUUCUUUCUUGAAAUAAGCCAUAUUCUCUCUGUUGUCUUUUUCAGUGGGGCAGUUUUGCACUGUGAUUGCUGAAGGAGUAUCCUCAUACUCUCCCUGGCUCCUUUUAAAAAUUAUCAAAUAUGCUAAGCUAUUUGUUAGGCUGAAAAUAUCCUUAGAAACCCAUUGGCAACCUCAAUAAGGAUGCUGCAAUAAAAGUCUGAAAUAGUUCUUCCUUGCUUUGGAUUUUUCCUCUCAGCCAGGAAUUAUACUCCUCAGGACAUCUGAUAUAAAUCAGUAUGGGCAACAGUGUGUGCUUAUUUAUUAACCAUGUUCAAAUGCCACUCAGUAAGGAAAGUUCUCCAGGUGGCUUACAAAAGCAGUAUAGAUGUGGACUUGUGAAACUUUCAGAACGUAGGAGCCUGUACUCACUGUGGCUGCCAGCCAGAUGCCUAUGAGAAGCCCAGCAGUGUGACUUCAAAACACAACAGCCCUUUUCCCACUUGUGACUCCCAGCAAGUGGCUUCUGAUUGUGGAGAUGUAACAUAGUUGUUGGGGCUGGUACCAUUGCUAGCCUCUUCACUGACAGCCUGGACAUUAAAACCUUAUGCGGAAUUUCAACAUGAGCAUAGGGAGAAUGGUGCUUGUGUCUCCCUUGGCGCAUGGGGAAGAACAGCAACCGGGGGGCCUUACACAUCCAUAUGAAAAUUGUGUAAUUGGAACAUCGUGUAAAAAUGUAGCAUACCAAGUAUGUGGUUCCCAUCUAUGUGUGGAAGUCCCUGUGUGGAAUGCCUAGACUUUGAGGGUUGUGAGGCGGGCUGGAACUGGCACGAUCCAAACCCCCCCCCCCGCCCUGACCCUGUAUAGGGCUGGCUUCAGUGCCAGGAAUAGCACAUUCAUGGGAAGAAGCAGAAUGUGAAGAGGCGUUGAGCUCCUGGUAUUUACCUUCUUUCUUUUUUGGUCAUACACUACUUAUCUAUUUUUUUUCUUUGCUGAAGCUGUUGUUUGCCCUAUAGGACAAACAUAUAGGUUCCUAUAUAAUGCCUGCAUGUUUCCUCCUUUGGGACAAAAAACAUCCAGGUGGGAUUUAGUCAGAGUGGGGCAAAUGCAGGAGGAAUGCACAGAGCAUCUUUGUCAAUGUUGGGUAUAACAAGUAAAGAAAAAAGGGUAUCAAGGUUAAAGCAGCCCAGUGUUAGGACAAUUAAGAUGACAGCUUUUAAUUGUGAAGUGCCUUCCGUGCUUGUUAUGGCAGAAUGCUAGACUACUAAUCUGAAAAAUAAAGGAAUAAAUACAGAUAGGUAAUACCUAGAAUUCUUUAAAUUAUAGAAAUCUUGGUGCAAAAAAGAAAAAAAGAAAAAAAAGAGAUGUCUAGUGGAGAGUGAUUCCUGCAUAUAGAACUACUGAAGUGUGUGACUUUCCUUCAUCUUGUUAUGAAUCUUUAUAUGCACCCAUAUGCUAGUGGGAGCUGGGGCUGAAUAACCUAGAAUGGUCUGUGGGGAAGAGAUGGGACCUAAACCCAAAACUAUAUUAUGUGCACUGGAAAAUCUUAACUGUUCUUACUAGUCCAAGAAAUACUUUCCCCACAUGAAACUGCAGUUGUUUGCAGCCGAAAGUACUUGUGACAAAGUAUCCUAUUGUUGGUCCCUGCUUCCAAUGCCUAUAAAGUUUCCAGGACAUCUGUAGUUUAACAGGAUGGAUAUACCCCUUAAUAUACAAACACAGUAAGUGAAUGAAAAGAGUGGAAUCCAGCUGGAUGUGCUACGAAGAUUGACGUUGCAGCUGUAUGAAGCCCAGCAGUUGUUGCAGCAAAACAAUGAACAAUUAGGUUCAUUUUGAACUAAUGUAAAAGAUUACUGUGCACAUUGUAUUGUCCACCACAAGUGGAACAGUGUGCCUUUUGCUGUUUCAGAGGAGGCGCUCAGGAUAAGAACAUGUCCUUCUAUAUAUGUGUAUAUCAAUUUUGAACCAGUCAUCGUUUAGGCACUGCAUGAGGCAAUCUGGGCUAGUGGUGCAGCAAUAAAACCGCUAGCAUAUUUACAAGGGGUUGGACGAGACGAUCCUCACCGUCCCUUUCCGUCUCUGCAAUUCUAUGAUUCCAUGAACCAUAAGUAUAGGAAUUAAACAGAUGGCAGAGCACAUGUAAGCAGAUACAGCUUGCUUAUUGGCAACUUGAGUCAUAUCUGCAAUUCUUUCAUUAGUGUGUUUAAAAGCCUUGAAAAAUUGCAGAACUUUGGUGACUGUACUAUUUUUCCAACAAAAUGCUGUGGUCUGAAGUAUGUUGUUCUUCUGCAGUAAAAGUUCCAUUUUAAAAACUGAAACUGUAACACUUACAUGAGUUGUUUACUGAAAAUAUGGUUUCAGAUAUAGGACAGUAUCUAGUCCUAUAACUAGAAGGAAUGAUUGAUGUUUUUCUAGAUCUGUGUGUCUAAAAGGUUUUGUUCUGGAGAAGUCCAAAAGUCUUAUGACAUGCUUAUCAGAAACACAGAAAGACACAAAUUUAACAUAUUUUAAUCUGCAUUAAAAGAAAAGUGCAUACUAUGGAAUUCCUUUCAUCUUCAAAAUAGGGACUGAAUGUCUUGAAAGCCAAAUUUAUAUUGGAGGUCAUUAUAGCAUUCCCUUUAGGGUGAAUUGAACCAGUCCUGUACAUUCAGCAUGUUUGAUUUCUGAAACAGAAUUUCCUGUUCCAAACCAAUACUCUGUGCCUCAGUUCAUCCUUUCACUGCUUAUAAACUAUUAAAAACCAUCAUUAUUGUCCCCUCUGCCUGUUACUUCUGUGUCAUUCUGGAUAGUAUUCUAUUUAGUUUGCUUUGUAAAAUCUCACCCUUUUCUGUCCUUCUCUCGUUUGGAGACUAACAUACUACUGAUUCCAUUUCUAAAUAGCUAGUGUCCCACUGAUCUUGAAAGUACUAAAAGAUGCCAUUUCUUGUAUAUAUAUAAAAAAACCAUUGUGACACUGACUAUUGCAGUCAAAUUACAAACCCACCUCUUAAGUUGAUUAGUUUCUACUAAUCAAUGUCCUAGAUCCAGUAACAUGUUCUGAAAAAUCUAAAUUUAAUUAAUGGAAUUUACUGUGCAGUGGGGAUGAGUAUACCCGCAAAUUAUAUAUGUGUAGCACCUGAUCUUUCCAAGGUCCAAAUUUAAUGGAGGCAAAAUUCCAGCCUUAAUGGAGCUGAACUUUAUGGAUGGUAGAGAGAAGUAUGAAAUAAUUCGGACCAAGCAAACCUUUAUCUUUUAUUUCAGUUUCCAAGGUUUGAUGGUGGAUGGAAAUUGCCACCAGUAAAGUGGUCGUUGCUUAACAGUUUGCCAUGUGGCAUCUGUAUCCUUCAACCAUACAGUUUUUAGCCUAGCAUUACCAUCCCUCUGCACUUUUAAGGAAGCUUUGAAGUGACUCUUAUCCAGUCUUCUGAAUCCAUCUUCGGAGUCUCCGUUUCGCAAUGGAGAACCCACCUUUGUGCACCUGAGACAUAAUCAAUAAAUGUUAAUGUAUGUCAACUAACCAUUCUUUAGCAUCUGCCAGGUUUAUUAAUAUGAUACCUAGAUUAUGCUGUGGCACAUGAAAAUUAGCCACAGCCUUCCAGCAUGUUUAAGCAUCCCUGCUACAACCUUUAGGACCGAUCCUAUCCCUGCCACCCAACCCUGCUCCAUGUGCCAUCAGAAUCACUAACAACUGCUUUGGGUUUGAAGGUAAUUCUGUUCUUUAUUUUUCUGGUUCAAACUCCAGGAAAAAAUAAAGCUUGAUGCUCAGAGGGAAAAACUAGAAAAGCUUCAGGAGCUUUAUACCGAGCAGAAGACACAGCUUGAUAAUUGCCCUGAGUCCAUGCGGGAACAAUUGCAACAGCAGCUAUACAGGGUCAGUAGCAUGGAUUCCUCUUUUCUUUUUUGUGGAAGCACAAGUGUUGAAAGACGACUUGCUGACUGCCUCUCAUCUCAAGGGUUUACUGGUUUUCUGCACUGCUAACAGGAUUGUUGCAUGGCGAUGAAUAAACAGAAUGUGAAGGGCUGGAUUAAAAAUUGGUUUGUGAUACAUACUUUAGAAGUUGCCAACCAGUUAAUGUUUAGCACCCUUUGGCUGUUGGCAAAUCAGAGUUGUGUGUGCCUGUGUUUGUGUACUUGUGAUGUUUAGUUGAGCUUUAGGGUAAUUUGCUGUAAGCAUGUUGGAUAAAUUCUUGAGUCUAAUAACUGCACUUAGCUAUCUAAUUUUAGCCCUCAUUAUGUUUGCAGUUGCUUUUAAGUUUCCCUUUGCCACCACUAUGAAAUUGUUUCCUCCUUCAAAGUUGUUUCUUACCCGUUGAACGAAAUCUGUUUUAUUUUUAAAAUUCUUUAUUAAAUUUCAAGGGAAAAAGAGGGAAAAAUCACUGUUGGCAUAGAUGCUGUUUCAAAAUUAUAGCUAUGCAAGUUCACCCACCCACAUUCAGUGGGCUUUCUUUUGUUUUGUUUUGUUUUGGGGAAAUUCACCCCCCACAAUACUGAGACAUGGAAGCGUUCUUGGGACAGUGAGAAGGAAUAAGUUAGAAUACAAUGCCAGAAGAAAUUCCAGUUCAGACGCAUUCUUAGUGUAAAACAUUACACUUUCACCCCAAUGUUGAAUAAAACAAUUCUAAAUGGAAAUUAGCUACAUAUUCAAGGCAUGCUGCUUGGCAUAUUAAGUGUUUCUUUAUGGAGUUCUGCUAAAACCAUAGAUUAGAGGUGAAGACAUGUGGUCCUUCAGAUGUUGUUGGACUCCAACAUCUACCCCCAGUCAGCAUGACCAAUACUCACAGAAGAUGUGAAUUGUGGUCCCGCUACAGCCUCCCCAUCCCUGCCAUAGACAGAGAAUUCUGUCCUUCAACAGCUUUGCUUGCCAUAUUGUCGCAAAAGAACACUCAUCUAUUUAUCCAGGAUUUAGCUCACCAUUAUGAGACACUUGGGUGAUGACCAUUCAUAGACCGAAACAAGAUUUCUUUCCCAAUCUUCCAUUUAGAUUCUGUUCCCCUUUUUAUUAUAGAACCUGCUUUCUUGAACUAAGGGAGACCAGAGUUUUAAACAGCAUCUCCUGAAUUUCCCAGUUCAUACUUAAGACACAAAUUCCACAUUAGGUGGAAUUCUGUAUAAAUUUCACUUCACUUUUUAUGCUAAUGUAGCUUUUGGAGGUUACAGUGGUGGAAGGGUAGGUGGGGGAGAGCUGCAUACUAUCUUUCCAUUCAUCUGCUUUUCAUCCAUCUUAAACUUGGUCAUCAAGAGGCACAGAACUAGCAUCCCUGGAGAAUGAGGUAAGAGGGAAGCGAGGUCAAGCCUGUUGGGUGUCCCUUUUCUUGCUUCUUAACUUUUUAUCCUUACAUCUGCAUAGUGCUAGAUCAUCUUUUGGUUGAGCUGAACUGUGACCAAAAGAUCAUUACAUGGGUGGGACACUCAGAUUGAUCUGCUAUUCAAUAUCGCGAAUUUGAGGGUGUACAUGAUCCUUUUUAACAUCCAGGCAACAGUUCAAAAAACAAUGUAAAUGUCAUAAAUAGCUGUUUUUUGUCUUCUUUUUUAAAGGUCUUAGAGUGUGAUCUUCUGCACAAUAACUUGAACUUCCUGAGCCUUAUUUUUGUUUGGGAUGGUGCCGCAUGCCUACUUUUGCUAAUGAUAUACAACUUUUAAAAAAUAUAUAUACACUGACUUUUGUUGUUAAAGGAUGCUGACCUGCUGGAGGUAGAAAGCAAACACUUUGAAGAUCUGGAGUUUCAGCAGCUUGAAAAUGAGAGCAGGUUAGAUGAGGAGAAGGAGAACUUAACACAGCAGCUCCUGCGUGAGGUGGCUGAAUAUCAACGCAACAUUGUCAGUAGAAAGGUAAAAUUGCUUUAAAAAUAAAGUAGGUAAUAUCAUUGCUUUUUUGUGGCUUGGUUCCAUUUCGUGAGAUGUUGCUCUGGCCAAUUCAGUAAUUCAGUAAUGGAUUUAUGUUCCAAUUCAUGUUGAAAAAUGUAAAUACUAUUCAUAGGACAGUGAAGAUUCACAAAAUGUGGCUGAACAAGUUCAUGUUUACAGAGCAAUCCUAAACACAUUUACGGAGGCUUACAUUCUUGUGAAACUGCUUCCUUUAAGGCCUGAAUACUGGGAAAUUCAUGCAGUCUUUACUUUUUGAAAUAUGGCAACCCUACCACAAGGUGAUCCGAUUUGCUUUGGGUUGUUCCAGUUCAGAAAAAAGUAAAGGUUUCCACUAGUUUUCAGCUCAGAUUAAUUUAGAUUCUGCAAUUAAAGCUGGCAUCCAUCCUCAAGUGCUUUCAUUUGUGUUUCUUGAUUGAGUACAUCUGCACCAGCUAAUGUUGUAAUCUACACUGCAAGCUAACAUUUCUAUAUUUGUGAAAAUGUUUGUGAAAAUGGUCGUUGUAUGAAAUAUACACAACAACAAGAACUACAGCCAAGAGUUACUGGUGCAGAAGUGUCUUUAGUUUCUUUCCUGGGAGUGUCUUCCUGAUCAGUAGUGCAUACGUACAUUAUACUCUCAAGCUCAUAUUGACUAUGUUUUGGUGCUAUCUUUGCCAUAGGAAAAAAUUUCUGCCCUCAAAAAACAAGCCAAUCAUAUUGUCCAGCAGGCGCAAAGAGAACAAGAUCAUUUUGUGAAAGAGAAGAAUAACCUUCUAAUGAUGUUGCAGAGGGUAAGCGCUUUUCCUUGAUUCAAAGACAACAACAUUAUUGAAAGAGAAGUUGCUGAAUUACAACUUAUUACUAAACUGAAAACUAUGGAGAGAGCUGGUCUGAAUAGAAAUAUUGGAUUCUUGUCUCAUUACAUAUGCUAAAGCUAUUUUUGGUCAUCUGCAUACUAUCCCUUGCUUUUUCCUGUAGGACUAAUUGCAGUCGUUAAUAGUCAUCAACAUGUUUACCAUACCCAUUGAGUCAAUCACCCAUCUCCAACUAUCCUUCUGAGAAAAACCCCACCCCACCUUCCCACUAUAUAUAAGGGACUGGUGACUUCUGUUUCAGUGUAUCUUGAAGACGUGUGCAUGCACACAAAAGCUUAUACUCAGAACUAACUUAGUUUGUCUCUAAGGUGCUACUGGACUAUUUUUUUAAUUUUUUAUUUCGACUGUGUCAGACCAACACGGCUACCUACCUGAAUCUAGCAAUUACUGUACAGCUACAAUUAUCGGAAAAUUUUCUUGACAAUUGCUCUAAACUGUGCUGUCAUUCUGCAGAAUGUUUACUAAACGGAAUUGAUGCCAUUCUGUUGUGGGUGUCAUCCCUGUUUGUACAGGUGAUUUCACAAGCCCUUGGACAUGGCCCACUCAGGAUUCCAGGCGCAUAAACACAACCCACAUGUGCAUGUUAUCCAACCAUAUUUUAUGUGCUUGCCAUAGGAAAUACUGGUCAACACAUGCCAAUAACCAAGAUGCUUGUCAAGCUACCCUAAAUACAUGGCGAGAUAACUGUGUACUGGGAUAUGAUUUGAUGAUGGGGGGUUGAAAGGAAUGAACAGAGAUACAAUGCAAUUCCAAACAGAGGCUGAUAUCCAAUGUGAGUAUACUCAAGAGUAGACCCAUUGAAAUGAAUGGCUUCAAUUAUUUAAGACAUUGGGUUGCAGUCAAAGCUAAUCCUAUUCUGAGUAAUCCUAUUAAAAUUAAUGAAGAUGACAAAAUUGGGUCCAUUAAUUUCACUGGGUCUCUCCAUGACCUACUUGAGUAUCACCCAGAAACAUUUAUUCAUCACUUCAUUAAUUUUUUAGUCUAGUUUUGUUAUUUCUGAAGAGUACAAACAAAGCCUGAGACUGUUUGUGGUCAUCUGUGUGUUUUCUGUCAUACAAGUGACUGUCAACAUUUGUAUCUGAAAUAUAACUUAUAUCUGCUAACAGGAGAAGGAGAACCUUUGUAAUCUAGAAAAGAAAUACUCUUCACUAUCGGGAGGAAAAGGCUUCCCCCUAAGUCCCAGCAGUCUAAAAGAGGUAAAAAUGUGAAACUUGGGAGAAGGAGAGAGAAAGCAGUUACUGUUCUCCAUAUUAGAUGGUGAUUUAGAGCUGCACAUUUUAUAAUAUUCAGUGUGAAAUGACAUGUGGUCCAGUCUCCUUUGUGUGUAAAUGGUCUGCAUAGAUGUUUUUAAAGAUAGCUUAGCCAUGCAGGAUUUAUAUAAAAUUUGACAUAAUUGUAUCCCUUUUUGUCGGGUUUGGGGUUUGGAGGUUUUUUUGUGUAUGUCUGUAAAUAUGCAUCUAUUGUGCUUUCCCCAGCUUCCAUACAAGCACAUGUCCUUGUGUCUACUUUAUGGUGACGUGGUAUUCCUGUGUUGAAGAUAAUUACCAAAAUGACUCCUUCCAGUGUGCACAUGCAAACACGGUGGUCUCACCCUUCAUACAAAAUUAAAAUAAUGAAAACUAAGUCCUACAGAUAUAAUAAGUGUUUUUCUGAAGCCAUUCUAAUACCUUCCAAAAUAGAGUUCAUCAAAACCAGAGUUAAAAUGUCCAGAUAUUUCCAUCUGUUCCAGAGUAUUUCGCCCCAAAUCAAUCAUUCAUUUCUAGACUAUAUGAACAACUCUGGCAGUGUUCUUGCAAGAGUACUUUUCAGGGACUAAAUUCAGUUAGGAUUUUUAGAAAGCACAUUCUCUUCCAAUAUAUCCUGCUGCAGCUUGCUUUUGCCUAAAACCCUUCUGCUGCUUUUGCUACUGCUGCUGCUAAUGAAAUCCUAGACUUGUUUAUACUUUUAACAGAGAAUUGCAGCUACUCUGAUGACCUUAACAAAACCCUAGCUGACGAAUGUGUCCCUAAAUUAUUAAAUUGUCAGUAAUGUAUUUUGAUAUUAACCAAAAAAGUGAAAUUUGCAGGGAGGGUGUUGCUUAGGACCAACAAAAACCUGCAUCUAAUUGCAGUAUAGUAACUUACUGAAAUGCACUGGAAUAAAGGCAGCCUCCCUUUGCCAGAGAUUCAUGCUCUUAAAUGAUUUUUACCAUUCCUUUGGAAUUUUUCUUUUUCUCUCUCUCCCCACCCCCCCCCCCAUCCUCCAGCACACCGAUAGUUUGUAAACUGUGCUGGGAGCCAAUUUUUCAAAAACAUUUUCUGUUGAAGAACUGCCCUCCCAAAGCUACCACAUUGUAAUCUGUGGUACAUGAAAUAGCCACAUGAGGGGCAAUAGUGGGAGCUACCUUUGAAAUCUAGCAGUAUUUUUACAUUUAACCGUAUUGAACCAAACGUAUUAAGUUAUGAUGGUUCUACCUCAUUAUGAAAAGCACUUCAGAUAUAAUAACAAUUUUGUUUACAGUAAAUUAAAGCAUUCAUAUUUUCAGUGCUUGUAAUUUCGAUGAUUUUUUAAAAAUAUUUUAAUGAAACGUUUUUGUAAUACCACAGAAAUUGGCUGGAUCACUCUAAACUAACUUUCACAGCACACUGGGAACCUUAAUACUCUUGCAUGCCGUUUAGCUUGUGCUUCUUCUUAUGUUUAACUUCUGAAUUCCUCCCUUUAGGGUUAUGUGAGUGUAAAUGACAUUAGUGAGCCGUAUGGCAAUUCCACGAAUAUAUCCCCUUCCACUCAAGCCCCCACGGCUGCUGAGGCUGUUCCUUCCACAGCUGGCCUGAUGAGCCAGACACAAAAUAAAGAGGUUUGUUCUGAGAGACAUUUCCCGUUUGUAUGCAUUUUGCUUGCAACGUUCUGUUCCCUUGGUUUUUUGCAGGUCAUGGUAAAACUGCAUAUAUCCAAUUUAAAAGAGAGCUAACCUAGAGUCUGUUUCAGGGAGAAAACUCAGGAUUAAGACUUGGGGCCAUCUAAACAUCUCCACACCUUGGGAAGAAUACUGCAACUGAACCAGGAGCUCUAUACAGUCGUACCUUGGAAGCUGAACGGAAUCCGUUCUGGAAGUCCGUUUGACUUCAAAAGCAUUUGGAAACCAAAGUGUGGCUUCAUAUCGGCUGCAGGAAGCACCUGCAGCCAAUCAGAAGCCACAGAAGCCCCAUCGGACGUUCGGCUUCCAAAAAUAGUUCGCAAACCAGAACAGUCACUUCUGGGUUUGUGGCGUUCAGGAGCUAAAACGUUCGAGAACUAAGCUGUUCGAAAACCAAGGUACAACUGUACAGUGUUCAUUUGCAGGUGGCCUUCCAUGAAGCACACAACACCGUGAAACCACACACACAAACCUUUGUUUCCAGGAAUAACAGCAAUGUCAGGAAGAUUCAGAUUCACAUUCAGAUAAGGCCCAGUUAACUAAUUACUUUCUCUUCAGUAAGGGGAAAGGAUGUUUCAGAGGUAUACCAGGCUGAAAUAAGGGACAAGCUUUAGAAAAGGAGGUAUAUUAAUUAUGGAUCCCCAAAAUUUGGUUUCUCCUCCUCCAAACCUGUGCCAACGUUUUGCAACGAACCCCACCCCUUUUCUGCAGCACUGCCCAAACUGAGUAAUUGAUACAUCAAACCCUGAAAAGGUACAUUGACAUUGUAGAGUCAGCCUUUUAGAAAGCUGAAAAUCAUAUGGCAUUCGGACAACAGACCAAGACUUCUGUGGAAUGAGGUUUAAACCACAUAAAUUUGGUUUUACUAAAUUGUGGAGUUCACUCAAACAUCACUUGGUGGAAUUUAACAUUGUGAGUGUAGAAUGUUUUACGCUCUUUAUGUCCCGUUAAUUUAUACAAAUUUAAGUAUAUCCUUAGAUGGUAUUUUCUUCACACUGUUCCCUGGUUGCUUUCCCAGCUGUUUCCUGUGACUGUGUGAGGGGUGGGGGAGAAGCACCUUUUUAGCUAUGAAAAGAAGUAAUUCCAUAUCCAGAAAUAUUUAACUGCUGCCAUAAAUAAUACAUACAUAAUGUACAUUAGCUGCAGGAAUUGAGCCUGGUAUAUCUAAUUUUAAUCUAAACACUUUAGCCACAAAAGCAGUUAAAUCUGUAAAAACAUGUGUUUUUCAUUUCACCAUCAGCAUUCAUACAUUUUAUUGCUUUGGUUUGGAUAGCCCCAGAUUUGCUUUCACCCAGUAGAAUGCCCUUAAGUAAACUCCUUCGACAGAAAAUGCCACUUGCCUGCUUUCUCUGCACCUGCCUGUUAUCACCUGUGGGUUGCACCUCAUGCUUCUCAUCACGUAGGCUGACGAAGCAAGUCCAGAUGUUGUACAUCCAACAUCAUACCCAGGCAGCAUGGCUAGUGGUCAAGGAUGUUGAGAGUUGUAGUCCAACAACAUCUGGGGACACAGGGUUGGAACAGGCUGCUUUGUACUAUCAUAAAAUGCUUCUCUCUGUGUGUGUAUUGCUGUCAGCUUGUGUGUCAUCCUGUUUAUAAGCCUCUGAACGUAAUUUCUCUCUUUCCUAUAAAGCUAAGAUCGCCUCUCUGUUCUGGAUUUGUGUUUCCUCACUCCCUUUCUCCUCGCCCUCUUGCACAACUUUCACCAGCCCAAUGGUCUGAGGUCAGGGCUGCAAAUGUAGAGCCUUUUCCUUUGCCCGACACACCACCACCUCUUCCAGCUAAGAAACACCGAAGGCAGUCACAGGUAACCUGCCUGAAGGCUGACUGCCUUGAUAACCAUGUAAUUAUUUUUGCACGGAGUUUUCUGCUUCAGUCUGAGGGAGUGCAUGCAAAACAGGCAGCCAUAAAAUCCUGCCAACCAAUCAGGUGUUGGAAGGGAGUGAGGAGGGUGUGUGUGGGAGGCUGAAUUCAGUACCACAUUCCCUUUCCAUUACAGUUGAUGGGUGGAAUUCUAACAUUUUCUAAAGGACUUUGCAUGCACAGCGCCCCCAGCAGCCUUUUUUUACACAUGCAUAGUGCCCUGAGCUGUAUCACAGUGUUCAUCUCACAGUUUCUAGGUCAAACUAGCAGAGUUCAGUGCAUAAGGGGGGAGAGACCCACUUACAAUCUGUUGUUGCUUCUGUGGACAUCAGUAGUUAUUUGAAUUAUGUGUAUAAGGUUUUUAAAAGUUAUCCGCAUCUUCCUGAUGUUUGCCACCUGAUAUUUUCUGUUACCACACAGUAAAAUAUAUUACAGUGAAAUGUUUUAUUCAACAACUUGGUCUUGUAUUUAUGGCAUGUAGAAAUACUACAGCUGUUGCUUCAGAAAUCUCAACUGAGAGAGGCAUUUGCAAUCAAUAGUUUACAACAGUAGGAAUGCCGGUGAUAGAUCAAGUUUAAAACAUUUAUUUUAAUAGAACAGGAGUUGCUUAUUUUCUUUCAGUACUGUGUAUGGCUUAAGCUUCUAAAAGGUAGUAGUAGCCAGUUUGAGAUCAUACUAAGCUGAAACUGCAGGACAAUUAGUUGGAUCCAAACCUAGCACUCUGAUCAUGGAAGAAAUCUGUGGACACAGAGAGCCUUUCUACAAGUGGAACCUUCCUUCAUGAGUGGAGCAUUGUUCGGAUGAAACACAUAAAAUAGGAGAUAGAAACCUGUAACACCCAAGUUUUCUUAUUUAUGAAAUUUGUAUACCGCCCUUGAUCCAUAGAUCUCUGGGCAGUACACAACAUAAAAAUACAAUAUAGAAACAUAAAAUACAUAAUAAAAACAGUAACAACAACAAAACAAUCACUACAUCCCCCCUCACUUUCCCACAAACACAUUUAAAAGGAUAUAGGAUCUCAGUCAGCCAAAGGCCUGGUUGAAGAGGAGUGUUUUCGCCUGGCACCUAAAGGUGUAUAAGGCUGCAGGCAGACCUCCAUUUGUGGGAUUAAAUCAGAUUUGUUUUAAGGAAGCCUGUUGGCCUGUAUAAAUCUGUGCUGUUGUGUUUUUUUUUUUUUUAAAAAAAAACCUACUAUGAAUCAAAUCACAAUUCCACAAUUAGACCAAAUAACAUUGUUCUUUUGUUCAAACAAUAGUUGGGAUUAUGUAUCAUUUGUGUAGCAUUGUUUCAUGUCCAAUGUGCUUGUCAUAGAAUCAUAGAGUUGGAAGAGACCACAAGGGCCAUCGAGUCCAACCCCCUGCCAAGCAGGAAACACCAUCAGAGCACUCCUGACAUAUGGUUGUCAAGCCUCUGCUUAAAGACCUCAAAAGAAGGAGACUCCACCACACUCCUUGGCAGCAAAUUCCACUGUCGAACAGCUCUUACUGUCAGGAAGUUCUUCCUAAUGUUUAGGAAUCUGCUUAAUUUUUUUACCUUAGUGAAAAUGUCACAGUAACUUUUGGUGAUUUUUAACUAUCCUAAAAUGGGACAGCAGAUUCACGAUCAGUAAGAUUUGUAUCCAGUGUCCUAUUCAGAACACAAGAGGGCACAAACUUUGCAUAAGAACAUAAAAUGAGGCUGCAGGAUCAGGUCAAUGGCCCAUCUAGUCCAGCAUCCUGUUCCCACAGUGGCCAACUUGGGGUGGCCAUGAGAAUGAGGCUGUACAUGCUUGUUCUGUCUGCAACACUCUCUACUGUUCCAUCAUGAGCAGGAAUAUCUGACGGACUAUUCUAAGUGCCUUCAUCUGAACAUACUUAGAAUCCUAUACACAGCUGGGAGCCUUGAUUGUGCAGGGCUCCCAGUCACAGGGAAGAGUCUAAGCACUCAGCCAAACACACUUAGAAUCCCCCUACAGAGUUUUCUUCUCAAUGCAUGAAGGUUGAUGUUAGGGCAGGAGUAGUCCACAUGACCCCUUCCUGCUCCUUAGUUUCUGCCCUCGCAUGUUCUCUUGGAUGCCUGAAUGAUUCAAAAUCUCCUUAAGUUUCAUUGAAACUUGUCCAGGGAAUCUUCCUUGUAAUUUGUAUUAUAUUAAAUCACCUUUGGAAUUUUUUUUAAGGCACAGUAAGUUUAAAUCUGUGAAACUGUAUAACAUUUCUCUUUUUGGUUUGUGUGUGUGCUGUAAUUCCUAUGCACUUAAUAAUUUUUAAACAGAGAAACUCUCCCCUACUGGCUUUUCCUUGUCCUGUUUUGGGCUGUGUUUUCAAACAGCAUUUAGGUUUGUUUGUGAACUGCACCUUGUUUAAUGCCAACAUUUACAGCCUGCAGGCUCCCAUAUGAUCACACUGCAAUUUCAUAUUUUUAAGCACUUCCGAAAUCUGGAAGAGAGGAAGAAGCAGCAUAAAGAAGGCCCAUACAUGAGUGAUACUUUGCCACGCAAGAAACCAGCUCCCUCCGUGUCUCCCCAUUUCAGCAGUUCUACUCUUGGAAGGAGUGUUAAGGUGAUUAUAGAUUAUAAUAUCUAGGUUGCAGAAGUAUUUAGUUCAUCAAAGACAAGCAGGAAUGUAAUUUCUCAAUUUGCUUUAAUUUUUGCAUCCUGUUGUGUAGUCUGUGAUUCCUUUUACUUUAUUCCUGUUUUACUCCUUUGUUAUUUCUUACCUUAAUCUCUUUGUCUUAAAUUGAGCAUCCCGGAUUCUUUUGACUGUACUGCAGUGUGACUGGGUGUGCUGACCGAAAUGAGCAGAAACAGUUUUCAGCUAAGGCAAAGCCACCAUUGGACAGCAUGGAUGGCUGAUAUUUGUGAAUGCUAAUCACUAUUGUUUUAUGCAGGGUCAUCCUCCACUUGGACAAAGCAACAGCUGUGGCAGCGUACUCCCUCAUUGUUUGGGAACUAUGACCAAAGAGUCUGAACCAAGGAGGAUGCAUAAAGGUAAGGCUGUUUAAAAAUUAUCUUCAUACACUGCAACACAAUGCCAUUGAAAAGGAAAUCCCAUUUCACACUAAUCAGUUUUUCUUUUUAAUUUGAUAAGUGGAAAAUGCAUUCAUUCAGCUGCAAUGCUUUUUUGAGUCUUAGAUUAAUUAAGUUUUCUUAAUAUAAUUAUUGAUUGCACACCAAAAUGGGAAAUGGCAUGAUUCUGUUCGAAUUAUUUUAUACACAAACCACUCUGCUCUUGCAUAAUGUGUGCAUAAUAUUCUCAACAAGUGGGCAAUAUCUUUCCCAGUGCAACCUUAUUUGUGUCUGCUCAGAAGGAAGCCCCCUUGAAUACAGUAGGACUUGAAUAUGCUUAGGAUUGCGCUGUGCAUAGAAUUAUAGCUUUAGACUGAUUAAAAGCCGGGUGCCCUGUUUAGAAAACGGAUAAUCCCGUGAAACUUCAUGGUUCUUGAUCCUGAAUGUUAUUCUGACUGGUCCUUGAGCGUACCAGCCUUCCAGAGUCUGAUGCUCUUACCUAAGAUGUGUUUGUUCAGUCUAUUGUGUGGGAAGAUUUGUGCAUAUCCAGUCCCUGUGCAUUGCAAUGUGCACAUUAUAUAAUGCAUUUAUAUUGCAUAAUAUAAUGCAAUUUAAAGUGACAGCUUGGACCUUAAAUACCCUUUCCUUCAUUACGACUGGUCCAUUAGAUGCCCCAAAAUGCCUAUACAGUUGUUGUUUUUAAAUAAUUUUUAUUAAAUUUCAUAUUUCCAAAUUAAACAUAUCAAAUCAAUUAGUCCAAAUUAUAACAAUACAUAUCAUAUAAUCCAAUUGUUUUCCAAAUUAUAAUUUUUUGUGGGGGGUACCCAUGCUUCUUGAUUGGCAGGAGUCCAAUCCUCAAAUAUUUGUUCUGCUUCCAUAUUAAGAAUGAUGUUUCCAGUCUCCUCUUCUCAAUACUUGUCAUUACUCAUUUUCCUUUCCAUUUUCCUCCGAUAUGCUCUGCAAGUGGGUUGAAAAAGACAGUCUUAUUUGUAUUUCUGUGUGGGCUUUGUGCUGCUCUCUCGUAAAUCACUCUCCUCCAACAGUCCUUUCCGCUCGAGCGAGUAAUCGCCAUUUUUGUCGUUCCGAUGAAAGACAGUCUAGAAACUCGCUCUUUAGCUUUUCCGACCUGUUGCAUCGUAAAUUAGUCUUUUUCCAGGAGGGCUGCCCCUUCCAGUUCGCAAUCUCCUCGAAAAUAAUAUUUUCGCCCUCCCCAAGACCAACUCCAGCAACACAGGUCUCUUAUCAAGUCUCCAUUCUUACUGCGUCACAGGAGAGAGCCCUUCUUCUUUCCAAAUCCUUCACAGAGUAAAACCUUUAAGUUCAUAAUUAUUCCCACACAAUUCAUUUUUAGUCCCAUUUGCAAUUAAUUUCUGUGACAGAUCUUCAGAGGGAGGGUUAUUAGUAAUAACAUAGAGCAAAAGAAAUAAAAAGUCGUUUCCCCCCCCCUUAGAUCCGGCAUUCCAAUCCACAUACCAUAUUUGUAGUGCUUUGAUGUAAUCUUCCAUCUCAGUCCGUCUCAGUCUUCUUCCUUUCAGUGGUAAAAUUGUUAGCAGAUAAAAACCUCCUGCCUCUCUUGAAGCAUGUGCGUUAUCUUUCCCAAUUUUUUUUCCUUUUAAGUAACGCAACUAGUUUCGCACCUGGAAGCAGCUUCGGAGGAGUUCCGAGGCCCGCCGAGGGUUGUACACCCAGUGCCUCACCCCCUCCUUCUUCCGAACUCGGGGGUGAUUUAUGGCAACAGCGGGUGAAAACAGCAACUCUCCCCCCUGGAGAGAUGAAGGGAGACUGAUAUACUCCCCAUAAUCAGCCUCUAAUUACCUCGUGCGAGCUGGACAGAUGUUAAUAUCCGCCAUAUUCCAAGGCGCCCCUAGCGGCCCCCUAUACAGUUGUACCUUGGAAGUCGAACGGAAUCCGUUCCGGAAGUCCAUUCGACUUCCACAACGUUCAGAAACCAAAGCACAGCUUCUGAUUGCGGCAUUUGGGAGCCAAAACAUUUGAGAACAAAGCUGUUUGAAAACCAAGGUACGACUGUAGUAACUUCUUCUCUCUUAAUGCUUAAGAUAACUACUGCAGUACUUGUGUUGAGUCUUAAUGAGUCUUCAUUUGACAUUAAUUACUUACUACAGAAACUAUUGGCUAAGCAAAGUUUUAUAAGUUGGUGACUGGUUAAUAUUUGGACUAACCCAGAUGCUGUUGGACUCCAACUCCCAUCAGCCUCAGCUGGCACAACCAAUGGUCAGGGGCGAUGGCAGCUGUAUUCCAAUAGCAACUGGAGCCACUGUUUCCCCAUCCCUGAACUAAACCAUUAAUGGAAUGGCCUAUCUUAGUUGUGAAUCUUCUGCAACCGUUCAGAUGAUUGCAGCAUUGCAGCUAUGCUAAUGCACAUUAAAGGGACCUAAAGAGAACUACAUAAAGGCAAAUGGGACCUUGUAACCUUAGAAGCCUUUAUUUCUGCAGCUGCCUUUUUGUCUGUGGACUAAGGCAAGGCGAGUUGGGCUUUUCACAUCUGCAGUAGUAAUCAAGAAGUGUAAUCCUAAACAGGGAAUUUAUUCCUGGUAAAUGCAUGUAGGAUUGCGACCGAAAAACUGAUGAAGCUUAAAAUUAUUAAAAGUAAUUCAGACUUUUAGAUUGUGAUGUGGUCUCCCAAGAGCUAGGUAACUUUUAAAUUAUUUCUUAGGGACUUACAACUGAAGCAUAUGUCCAUUUAUUUGAAAUUAAGUUCAAAUAGGACUGUUGCCCAGAAUAAACUGUACUAAAUAAAAUUGUGCCCCAAGACAUAAAUUAGCCAGCUUAUCUUUGCCAUGUCUGCAUUCUGUGCUUGUAGCUCUUUUUAGCCUAUCUAAUUAUUUUAUCCUGCUUUUAAAUGUCUAUAUAGCAUAACCCUUUUUUAUUUUUUUAUGUCUUAUUUAAAUCAGGAAAAGGCAGAAAAGGUAUGAGGAAUGUUCUUUGUGUGGCUGUAUGUGUUUGCUUUUGUGGUUGUCACUGAAAAAAGGGACACCAUCAAGUCAUUCAGAACCAGCAAAUGUGGAAAUUCUAAAGUUCCUUUAAUUUUUUUCUGGUGGGUGCGGUGAUUUUUGUAGUUUCCUUCAGGCUACAUUCAUGUGCAAGCAGCCUGGCUUCUACCAUUUUGUCUGCCUAUCUAUGUGAUGGGGAAAUGUCUGCAAUGGAGAAGUCUGCUGCAUGUGUGAAGGCUUGCAUGAUCUAGAACCCUGUGGAAUCAGGGAUCCACAUCACAGAGAGAGCUUAACUGCAUUUUCAGCAAGUUUCCGCAUUGCAGUCAAUCCCCUAACAUGUGAAUAGCAGGGGAUGAGACAAUGGAGACAGCAUGGCUCCACGAUCCCUAUUAUAAGAUACAAUCUCAUGUUGUGAAACACCUGAAGAGGGCUUUAAAGAAUGAAUGUUUGAAAGUAAACUUUGCUCACUGCUGCUGCUGCUGCCAGCUUGGAUUUGCAAAUGAAACUUGAAAUGAAAACACAAUUAGGUUAACCACCCGAUUCUUUCUGUAUUGUCUAGUCUCAAAUAUUUAUUUUCAUGCAAUUCCUCUGCUGCUGACUAUAAACUUGAUGUUUCUUCAGAGUCAAUCUGGUUCAUAUGUCAGCAACAGAGGAUUCGCAUGAAAAUAAAUAAAAGAAUACACAGAUUCUAGAUAUCUGUUCAGACACUUGGCAGUACAGCCACACCAACCAGUUUUAGAAAACGUGCUAAUCCACAAAAUUGUGUAGCAUCCUGCUUUACUGUAACACAUGAGUCUUUUCUGCCCUUCUGUGCUGAAGGAUGCAAAAAGAUUAUCCAGCAUAAUAAAGAAGCAGCAAUGGAACAAAACAUUGACAAUAAGGUUGGACAUCUCCAUGUUUUCUGGGUUGGCAACUUCAGAAAGAUGUGACAAAUUAUUUGUGUGUGUAGCACAUAGGAGAAGUAGACUGGUCUGUAGAACACUGAUCCAAAAUAAUAAAAAGGGGGUAUUUUGAAGGAUUUAUGUUUACUUGACUGUGUUCCUUAUUAAAAAACAAAACCUUUGAAAUGAAUAAUUGUGAUUGCAACAUAGAUUGCAUUCAAAAAAGUUAUUAUAAUUUCAUUUAAAUAACUGGCAUUGCUUUUUAAAAUUUAUUUUUGUUUCUUUUCUGUAGACUUCUAGUAAUUUUCCCCCCUGUUUACCUCUAAAAACCUUUAACCCAGUUUGCUUUUCUAUCAGAUGUAGUCUUGCAUGUCUUCCUGGAUUAAAGCUAAACUAAACUGAAUGCUGUAGUUUUCCUCUGGAUUAAUAACUUCAGAUUUAGUAGAGUAUCCUUGGUGCUUAAGUGUCUGCAGCACUCCUAAACAGCUAAAUGCUGUUGGAGGUGGAACAAACCUCCAAAAUAAUUCCCCCCUCAUCCCCAAAAUGCCCACCCCUGACCCAACACUUACUGCGGUGCUGCAUGUUAUGAAUAAAAGCAGUUAGGGCUUGAGUACUUUUAAGUGCUCUCAUCUGGAUUUUUUUAACUCAAAUGCCCCAAAUGGCAAAAUUAUAGUAAUUUCUCUUUUCUUCUUUCCUUCUCUCUCUCUCUCUCUCUUUUACAAAAAAAAUAAGGAGCAAUUAAUCAUUCCAAAAGUGCAAGUAUUAAAGGUAAUUUUUAUUUGUUGCAAAUUAUAUCCUCAUAAUUUUCUCCAGUGUUCUAACAAUGAAAGCUUCUUGCGCAUUAAUGCUUGCCUUUAAGUUACAUGCCAUACUGUUAUUGGCUUUAUAUCAAAUUAUGUGAGAUACAAACUAUUCCAAUGUGAUUUAUUUAUUUCUUAUAAAAUAUUUCUAGGUCACCUUUCCAGCCCUAUCCAAGGCUGCUUACAACAAUAAAAAAAAUACAAAAAGAGGAACUCAGCAAUACAAAAGCUAAAAUUAUCAGAUCCCAUCACAAUAAGGACCAAUAAGAUAUACAUAUGAAGCCAACCAAUAAAUCGUUUUUCAGCCAGUAACUUACACACAGUAUUCAUCUACUUGCACACGUUUAUCUAGCAAACAGUGUUGCAGAUAUCAUUAGAUGUUGUCCAGGUGGCCAACCCUGUAAUCUGAAAUCUCAUUUUACAAAAAGAGACAAAGACUGACAAAAGACAUAUACUAGAAUACUGAUCAGAAAUAUGUCAGAUACAUAAUCCAAUUAGCUGCUGUUUUACUAAGAAAGAUGGUAGUAAUAAACAUUUGCAGUGCUUCGAGUCUGGUCAUAAUAGCAGUGUUCAAAAUGCUUCUCUUUUUAAAAAGUUUUUUUAAAAAUAUAAAAGGUAGGAAACCGAACUCAUAUUUUCUGCUUCUCAUUCUAGGUUAUAACAACCAACAUAUUUGUGAAGAUCAAAUCCAGAAAUCUCCCCAGUUCUACAGCAGAACUGCUUCUGAAUCAAAUGUGUAUCUGAACGCCUUCCAUUAUCCUGAUCAUAAUUUCAAGGACCAUGCCUUUGAUACUCUAAGCUUAGACAGUUCUGACAGUAUGGAGACCAGCAUUUCUGCCUGCUCCCCAGAUAAUAUCUCCAGGUAAAUAUUUUUUUCCAGUAAAUUUGACACUUUAAAAAUAUUGUUUUUUAAAAAUAUGCAGUUUAAGGGCUUAUCCAGCCAGCAUCCUAACAUUAUUUCUAAAGGCACCCUUAGUCCACAUUUAGUGGAUUGAAGAGGGUCAUACAGAACACUAUUUUUCUGGCAUGUACAUGCAUAGAUAGUUUCAUUGACAGAGCAGAAGUUGCACUUCUCCCUGUAGUUUUGCUACAGGUAAUUUUACAGUCUUACAUAUAUUGUUUGCACUGAGGUUGUGUCUAGUUCUCUGCACAUGUUAAGGUAACCAGAGCAUACCCAGAUCUUGUAUCCAAACUUAUCAUAUCAACAAAACGACUGGAAUCUUUUCGUAUCUCUAAUACGGAACUGUUUUCUGAAAGUCAGACUCUGUUUUCUCUCUCCUUUACUAGUGCCAGUACUUCAAAUGUUGCAAGAAUAGAAGAAAUGGAAAGACUUUUGAAACAAGCUCAUGCUGAAAAGACUCGAUUACUUGAAUCCAGGGUAAUCUAAUAUUAGCAAACAUUGUUAUAGUACAAAUUGACUUUGUAUCCCCAGCAGGGGUUUGAAAGGGUUCCGUUUUUACAGAAUUCGUUUUGAGCUAUAUCUUUGCUCCUGCUUCAGUCCCUUUUAAAAUUACAAUUUUAUCCACUCGCCACAAAUAUAAAAAUAUUUGGUGGUUCUGCCUAAGAAAUAGCAGUAUAGUACAGAGAUUCUGUGCUCUAAAUUCAGGGUUAUCCUAGAGCAGACUUCCUCAACCUCAGCCCUCCAGAUGUUUUUUGCCUCCAACUCCCAUGAUCCCUAGCUAGCAGGACCAGUGGUCAGGGAUGAUGGGAAUUGUAGUCUCAAAUCAUCUGGAGGGCCGAGGUUGAGGAAGCCUGGCCUAGAGGAACAAACAAAACAGGUAUUAGGGCCAGUAAUAAAGCAGGACAUUGUCUAAGAUAUGCACCCCAAGAGGUCCUUGCAGCAUGAAAUAGGACAUUGCAACCAGGGGAUAUCAAAAUGUAUUGAGCUGCCUCUGCCUCAAUUGCACCCUUGCUUGCUCUAAGAGGAACUGGAAGUAGGAUUUAAAAAUAAGGGGUUAGACAAAAAAGAGAUUAUUGGACCCUACUGGUCCUACUUCAAGGAAAUUCAAAGAAAUACAGGUUCAACAUUUAGAUGUGUUACCUCAUCACAUCUAAACAUUGAAUCUUUAUAUGAAAUCUCCUGAAGUACAUAUGUUCAUACGUACCUCCACAUGUUGUCAUUUGCAAACUUCUAUACACAGGUGUUAACUAAAAUAAUUAAAAAGUAAAAACCUUGACACUGAGGCAAAAAAUAUUUACUUUUCAUUUUGUGCCAAGGCCUCAUCAUUUAUAUUUAUGUUCGGUUCCGGCAUUAUUUCAUAGUCUCAUUUUUAUGCGCAUAUCUUAGACUCAGACACAAGUGGGUGGGUAGUAAUAAUAUAUAUGUGAAAAGGCCAUGUUUGUGUCAUUAGAACAAGAGUUUAGUUACGAUUUGCCAUCAGGCAGUACAAUACUGUAGAACUGGACCACCGAUGAAUGAAUUGGUAGGGAAUGUGUUUGAGCUUGAUGUGUAUUUAAUAGGGUUGGGUUUUUUAUGUUGUUUUUUUAAACCAACACAUUUCUAAUACAAUGUUGGUGGGGUGGCUUUUAGGAACGAGAAAUGGAAGCUAAAAAAAGAGCACUGGAAGAAGAAAAGCGUCGCAGGGAGCAGCUAGAAAAAAGACUGCAAGAAGAAACUAGCCAGCGACAAAAACUAAUUGAAAAAGAAGUUAAGAUACGUGAAAAGCAAAGGUCACAGGUAAGAAAAUGCAGGCAUUGAAUGGGAAGACAAAUAUUAAGAGAUGGGAGGGAAGCCCUAUUGCAAGCAAGAUGCUAUGGAUUCUCACUUGUGACAGGCCUUGCGUCCCAAGGUAUAAAGCAGGGGCUGUGCCAACUUUUUUUAGGCCUGUGAAAGCAAUUGGGUUUUGAGUGACUGCUGUGAAGGCCACCCAUUCUGGUCGUGUCUUUCCCUCUCCCCUGGAUCAGCCACCUCAAGAGCAGGAAAGAGGGUGUAAGCACACAGACUUUGAAAUGAUAUUAAGCCUUUAAAGGCUUCUAGAAUGAGACAGAUGCAGUCAACUUAAAACUAGGCUGCUGGUAAUAUAUAGCCAGCAGAGGUCACUGUGCUACCUGUCAUUCCUUUAUCUCCCAGGGUAAAUACUGAAUACCAAACUAGACAAAGCAACAGAGAUCUGUGGUCAGAUGUUUCCUUACUCUUUUGUAAAAAGCAGCCACUCUCUCCUCCCUUCCAGUUCUCUUCAGUACCAUGGCACUCAGUGGUGGGGUUUAUAACUCUUUUACACUUCCACCUAAAGGUUGAGAAAACACACAUUUAUCUAUUUCAGCUUCACAUAUUUACAUGUGCACUUAAUAUAUGUGAGGGGUAUGUACACCUUCAAAAUGUAAUGUGUGAAAUUGAUGCCUUUGUCAAAUAAUUUAGACUGAGAUUAUAUAUCAUGAGGGCUGUCGACAUUUGGUUUCUAAGGUUGUGACUAAGCACUCUGUGUGUAAGCGUGCAAUAAAAAGCGUAAGUUUCAGAUUGAGUACUUUAUUUCAGGUGUUGAAUGCACAUGAAUAUAUUUUAUAUAUAAGCGGAGAAAGGAAAAAUAUUGAUUUUUAAUUUUUGCUGUUCCCAUUAGUCCCGCCCUUUGACUCGUUAUUUACCUGUCAGAAAGGAAGAUUUUGAUCUACGCAGCCACAUAGAGACAGCAGGACACAAUAUAGAGACCUGUUACCAUGUCUCACUCACAGAGAAGACCUGCCGAGGUUUUCUUAUUAAGAUGGGAGGGAAAAUUAAAACCUGGAAGAAGCGAUGGUUUGUGUUUGAUAGGAAUAAGAGAACAUUUUCUUAUUAUGCAGGUAAGUUGUAUGGAGCCUACCUAUGGUUUGUCUAUUAAGUUGCAUCUAUGCUGCUACUUGUAAUUUAAGUUACUUGUUGCUUGCCUAAUCUUACCCGUUUACAUUUUAUCUUGUAAUAACUCACGGAGCUUCCUAAUGCUCUGAUGCUUCUAGUCACAUGACUCAGAUAAAGACAUGCAGGUAAAUCUCUUUUUGCAAACCGAGUCAUCCUAUCUGUUUGGAACUUUCACCAAGUCCAGUGGGACUUACCUCUUGGUAAUACAGUUGUACCUCAGAAGUCAAACAGAAUCCGUUCCAGAAGUUUGUUGCGACUUCCAAAAUGUUCGGAAGCCAAGGAUUGGUUGCAGGAAGCUCCUGCAGCCAACUGGAACCUGCAGAACCCGCAAUGGAUGUUUGGGUUCCAAAGAACGUUCGCAAACCAGAUCACUCACUUCUGGGUUUGUGGCGUUCGGCAGCCAAAACAUUUGAGUUGCAAGGCGUUCAACUUCCGAGGUAAGACUGUAAUGAUUUGGGUUGCUGUCUCCACCACCUAUAGACUACAAUCCUUGUUAGUAAUUUCAUUCUGUCUUUGCUGUUGGAUCAUGUGAUCCACUGUUUACAUUCCAUAGUAAUAGGAGUGUGGGAAUGGAACUCAGACACUGUACUUCCAUUCUAUGUGCUUUCAUACUCUCUUUCUUCUCUGGUUUCGGACAGAGAAGACGUGUGUGAAGCUGCUGCUGACACUCAGCCAUGUUUGUUGUUUUGAUCUGCUGUAAAUAAAGAAGCUUUCACGAUGCCAAAUACCUACAAUCGCUUCUUGCUGAUACUCUGCUGAUGCUAAUAGCGUGCCCACGGCUCCACUGGAUGUGAGUCGCUGGACACCUGCAUACGAGGAAGGAAUGUAUGCAUAAUCCUAACCUGUGGCUGGGCUUUAUGGAGUGGCACAGCUAGCACCACAGCCACAGCCCCACUGCUUAUGCCAACCAGGGCAGAAGAUGAGAGAGCAAGAAGAAAUGCUCCAUCACUGCACCAGCUACCAGGUUGGCACAGCAGAGGCAGAUUAUGCCCCUUGCUGUCACCUGCUGGUUGUAUGGCUUUCUCAGGAUGCAGCUGACCCUGUGCUGGCCCUGUCUGUGCCUGGCUCCAUGGAUACAGUUUUGUGUGCAGAUAAAUGCCUGCAUAUGCUUUGUUCUCCUUUACAAAGCACUCAGAUAAGAAGUACUGUACCUAUAUUUCCCUUUCAUGUACAUAUAUACACUGAAUUAGUGUGCUAUAAUAAAGGUAAUCUAAGUGAAGAAAGAAGUAGAGGUUUUCCUGGAAUAGUUAAUAAAUAAACUUUUUUUAAACUUCUCUUGUUGUUGGCAAAACAUUUUGUAUAGAUUGAUCCUUCAAUCCCUUUGGUGGGUUGUUAGUUUCAACUUUUCUUUUCCUUAUUGUAGACAAACAUGAAACCAAGUUAAAAGGAGUAAUUUAUUUUCAAGCCAUUGAAGAAGUCUAUUAUGAUCACCUAAAGAAUGCUAAUAAGGUAAAAAAAAAUGUUUUCCUAUAAAAAUAUACUUAUUUACUCUUUGAAAGUAUCAUAGUGCCUAAAGUGGGUUAGAACCUAGUUUUAGUAAAACACUUAUUUGCUGCCAAGAUUUUUUGAUGUAAAACACCACUUUAAAUUUUUCAAGUAUGUACAGUAAUACAACAGACAGAAAAAGUGAGACACGUGAUUUUGAUGCUAGAAAUCCCACUACUACUCAUUAUCAUGUCUGUGAUAAAUCAAGGCAAGCAGAGUUGUCAUUUCAGUAAGUAUACUGUCAGUAUACUGUUUCAGUGCUCCUUCAAAAAUUCACAGUGUUUUUACAGUUUUAAAGUGGCUUUUAAGGAGGAGCAGUGAAAACUUGCAGGCCGUGGCACGGAAAACUUGAAGAUAUGUCUAGUUCCCAUUGCACAGUUGCAAAGAACAGAAUUCACAGAACUUUCAUAGUUGGGCAGAAGAGAAAAUUUUGGCAGGUGAAGUCUGUCAGGUGGGAGGAAAGCUGUGCCUGUGGAAAUUCCCUUGCCUACAACAGUUAAGAUUCAGAAAUCCUGCCCUCCUGUCCUACUGUCAUCUGUGGAAGGCAGAGAAUCAGAAUCGGUAACACUCCCCAACUUAGUAAAUUGAUAUAUAAACACAUCUUUUCAGCCCCUUUGCACAUGCGGGCACAGCAACCAAGAUGUCUUCUAUAACUUAUAGCUUCCCAUUUGACCAAACUAGGUAAAUGCGGCUAUUAAAUGAGUGGCUAAGCUAUGGGUAUCCAUAUUUUUGGAUUCCGGCUUCCAUCAGCAUGGCCAGUGGUUAGGGAUGAUGGCAGUUGUACUCCCUGGACUAAUGGAAAACCUACUGGUCUGUAUCCUAGCUUGCACGACAGGUCUCUGUGGACGGCCAAGGGCUCGUUCAUAUUUCAGCUUACUAAGUUAAAAUAUGAACUUCCAAUGCAUGUAAACUUACUCUGCAGCACACAGGUUGUAUUAUGCUAUUGACUUUAUGUAUUCUUUUUUCUUUCCUUCCAGAGUCCUAAUCCAUUGCUUACUUUCAGCGUUAAGACACAUGACAGAAUAUAUUACAUGGUGGCCCCCACACCAGAAGCUAUGCGGAUAUGGAUGGAUGUAAUAGUUACAGGGGCAGAAGGCUAUACCCACUUCAUGUUAUAGUAAAAUGGGGCAAAGUUUCUUUGGCAGGGCAUAAUGCAAUAAACAGCCUCACAUUUGGGGAAGGUGGGGAGAAGCCAUAUUUAAUCACGUUGGACAAGUCACACACAAAAACAAGAAGCCACAGGUCAGAAACAGAACACAUGCUGUGUACGGGAACAUUAAUUCUUAGAUUUGUUAAUCACUGACAUAGCAGAAGAAAAGAAAAGCUGCUUAAAAGAUUGUAGUGCUCCAAAAUGGAUAAUCAGAUCGCCAUAAGCCUGGCACAGAGAUUCUAUGGCAAUUUCCUGCACAAUUUCCUAAUAAAAAGAAACUUCAUAGCAUAAAAGUGUUAAUAUACUCAUCAGUAUUUCACUAUUAAGAAAUGAAAGGGAAAGGUAUGAUGCACAGAAAUUCUGUAUAAUUUUAAUUUCCUUAUAGGUUUUAUAACAAAUUUUUAAAACUACAGUGUGUGAUGUUUUUGUCUUAGUUUACUGCAGAACCAAAGAUUCACACUGUAUAAUGAGAUUUAGCUUUCAUGUGAUGGAAAAGCAUUAAAACACUUCAUAAAUAUUAUUGGGGCAUUUCAAAAUAUUACCAUGAUCUUCUUCUUUUGAAAAUACUGAGCAGAAAUACUGUACAUGAACUGAGUAACUUCCAAACAUCACUCGUUUCACUAAGAGGGCAGUAUCAGCUGAAAAUCUGUAUGUAGAGAGGUUCAUGUCCUGCAUUUCUUCAGCAUCAAUGACUAUUAUUUAAAUUCUUGCAACAUUACGACAUUCUGCCUGCUAAAAUUGAAGAAAGAAUUUUGUGGGUAAAGAAUAUUGGUAGAGGUAAGAACUGCAGCUAAAAAGCCAAGACUUUAAAAUUAUGUGUUGGUGGUUUUAGCAUCCCCCAAAGGCAGAAAUUUUUCCCAAAUGCAAGAUUUUGUUGUAUAUAGCUACAGAGAAAUCUUUGUUCAGAAUACCCAGGACCUCACAUAGGGGAUAUACAAUCAGCCCACAGAUGGGUUAGGGAAUACCCUGUAUUCGCGUUGGAAAAGUUCACAGAUUUCAACCCUUUCGUAUAAAGACUGUGACAGAUUUCAGCGUAACUGAAUACCCUCCGAGGGUCGGUUGACAGAAACAAGAAGCUGGGGCAAUUUUCUUGGGCACACAUGAGACCAAUCAUCAACCAGACUCCUUCAGUCUGACCAGAAUUUUAUAUGUACUUGUGGUGAAAAAGGGUAGGAGUAUUUCUAUCGCAUUUCACCAGGACCAGCAGCUAUGUUUCAGUGCCUGAAUAGAAGCCAUGUAAGCUUACUCUGCAUGAUAAACAACGCAGCUGCUAGUUCCACUGCCCAUUUGUCUUACUGCUACACUCCCAAUUCAACCCUCCGGGGUGCCAUCACAGCCUUAUGUCAUCGGUUACCGCAUGCAUUUGUACUCACACUUUCAUUUGACCUGUAUUUUGAUCGUAUUGUGUACCUAUUAAUUCUCCCAGGUCUGAGGGCUUUUCUCGCCAUUCCGCAGUUUCCCUUGCAAAAAUCGGAUUUUGCCCGCUGAAUCGGACCUUACCAGAUGCAUGAAAAAGCUGAAGAGAGAUUUUACUCACCAAGCUUCUGAUUCAGUGGGUAAGAUCGGAUUUUCCCAACGCACAGCCAUGAAACAAUAAAAGUUCUUGGACCUGGGUGAAUCCAUCGGUAUAUAGUUUAAUCGAAAUACAGGACAAGUGAAAGAGUGAAUUAGCCCCAAGACAAGUAUUUUAUUUUGUGAACCACUAUGAGAUCUGCGGAUGAAAGACAAUAUACAAAUGUAACAAAUUAUUAUUUUCUUUCCCACAUACUUGAAACUUUCUUACAAACUAAAUAUAAAAAAAAUGUAAAAAAUAUAAUACAUUUCCCCUUAGCCCAAAUACAGUGAAUACAGUAUUUUCUGUGCCCUGUGAUCUCUAAGCAACUGAUAUGGGAGAUUGUAGAUCAGUGGUAGAAAAGAUGUUUUGAGUGCCAAAAGCACCAGUUUCAAUCCAUGUCCUCCAAUUUAAAAGGUUCAGGCAGGUGAUGUAAAAAGGCUUCUACCUGAGACUCUAAGAAGCUGCUGUCAGUCAGAAUGAUAGACAAUACUGGACAAGGUGGUCAAAUGGUCUUAAUCUUCUAUAAGACAGCUUCCUAUUAUGAUAUGGCAAACUGUUUUAGACCCAGUGGAUCAGUUAAAGUUCAAUAGUCUGAAGCUGGCUGCUACAUAGCAUUCACCCAAGAAAGUCUGAAGUGUUUGUGUAAUUGAAGGGAUUACUGUAUCUCUCUCAUAAAAAUUAUAUAUUCCUUGAAGAUCUUUUCCAUUAAAAGAAAACACAUUUUAAUCCUUAAAUAUUGUGUUCAGAUGAAUGAUUGAAUUUUUAAGUUCAAGUCUGUGUUUGAUAUUCUCUUUUAAUAAUCUGAAUUUGUAAGUGCCAUAUGCUUUUUAAUGUAGGAAAUGAAAAUCAUUGUUUCUGUUCAAGAAAAAUAUAGAUAAAUCACACUCGCAGAAGUGGUUUAAGUUUAAAUAUAUCCUGCAUGAAAAGAGCUGUUUGUUUGUUAUUGUUAAAAAAAAAUCACACAAUAUGGUAUGGCCAAUAAUGUGGUUACAAUAGUUCACAAAUGCCGCAGUCCUGAAAAAUUACGUCCAAGUGUGCUUGCAGCAGGGUUAGAGAACCUUUCUCAACAUGAGGGACCUAUUCCAUUGCUCCCCAGCCUACUGGGGACCACAUGACAAUGGUGGGUGGGGCAGAGGCAAAGUGGGCGGAGCAAUUGAAUGAGACUGAACAUUUUUCAGUAGGCUACAUUACAGCCCUGCAGGAGGUUUCUACAGAAGCAGCCUACACAGCUCACCAUCCAGGCAAAGAAGCAGCAUUAACAGAGGCAAAAACACUCCAGGAGGGUGUGGCACAGGACUGGUGAGGGGUGUGGCCUAUGGAGGGGGCGUGGCCUGCAUAUUCCCCCCCAAGGGCUUCCUGGCCUGAGUUACCCCAGCUCUGACUUGCAGCCUGACAAGCAUGGUUUAAGGCUACAUUUGCUUAAGUUUGAUUAAAGUUUCAAUCUACUGUGAUGUAAGUGAUUUUUCAGGAAUGCAGUAUAAAUGAUAACAUUGUGAAUAGAAAGAAAGGAUCUCUUAUCACAAAGCCUAAUUAAAAUCCUCUUUUGUAAAAAAAAGAAGAAGACUGGAUAAACAGCUUAGAUGGUUUUUUAAAAAAUAAAAAUUAAGCAGUAUAGAAAUUCCCAUAAAUAAAAACAAAUGAUGUUUGCAAUGUUUGAGGAUAAAUUCCAGAAAUGAGUGGCAUUGGGUUAUAUAAUUUUUGUCAUGUAUUUUGAUUUUACUUCUAUAUCGUUUUACAGGUUUUCUAAUCUUUUUGUAUCUUCCAUGUUGUAAUAACAUUCAAAUAAAUGUUUGAAAAUACCUGAUCUUUUAUUUUC